AUGCGUGUGGGCGCCCGGGCCAAGCGGGAGGCAGGCAUGCCCGAUUAUUGGGAGGUCAGAAAUGAGAUGCCAGGUUCAUUUUUAGAUUUGGACAUGGAAAUCCUCUCCUCUUCGCUUGGCAGUUAAAGGUGGCAGAUAUUUUUUCCGGUCCUUUCUGACUGUUUAAAAGCCUGUUUAAAAGCCUGUUAGAACUAACUAAAAGGCAGAUUUGGGGUUUCGAAAGUUGUGUAUUCUCUUUAUCUCUGAAGGAGAACCGGGUAAACCCAUACAAUCUUAUAGGGAGGCAUUUUUCCACCCAUUUUGGUGCUAGCUGAUAUCUUCAAGUGUCUUUUGUUUGAGACUGAACCAUACGGUUCCCAUAGAAAUGUGGUUAGUCUAUAACAGCCUAAAUGAGCUGUGCACGUUUCUCCCUCCCCAGCCUGCAUGUUUUUAUUGUGGUUUCAGUUGGCUCCCAUGACAGCCCUAUUAAACUGGCCAGGCCAGGCCACCAUGAUUAUACACCAGACAUGAGGAGAGAAGAGGCCACUGUUGUCAGUUCACUCACUCACUACACUGCAGAAUGUCUUAUAUGUCUGUUGUGUAUAAAUAAAGGUCACUCACUGUACUGUACAGGCAGUCUAUGUCUGUUGUCUAUAAAUAAGGGGCAGGAGUGUUUCCUGGUCAAGUCGCUUUUUACAGUAUGAGCCCAUGGUUGGGCCUGGUAGGUUUCCUCUGCCUCGCUGGGAUGAGACGUGGUGGUUUUCUAUGUCUGUGAAGACUGAAGAGACAACCUCUGAGAAAAAUACUAAAUAUGGUUUAGCCUGGAGUGAUGGUGACAGUACAGGUGCUGGUGGGAGGGGAGUUUUGAGUGAAGUUGACAUGCUGAAGUAGACUUAAGACUGUUUUUCAGAUGAAUUUGGCAAGCUCUGGGAGGUGUUACAAUUGCACAAAGACUUUGUUUGUCCUGGGACGAUUGUUAAAAAAACAGAAACGCAACAAUAUGAGCAUGGAAGGCCAGGAAAAAGGAAAGCUGGGGGGUGGUGGAGUGAUGGGGAAUUUCUGCCAUGUUCUGCCACUUUAGCGGUUGUUUACGUGCGAGGUAAUGAGCAGCGAAGGUAGCUGGCUGGCUGCAGUGCAGAGUAGGCGGGAGAGGUAGUUCUAAAACCACCAUCAUUACACACAGCUCCUGCUCCAGUCCGAGGCCCAGACCUCACUGAAUAAGAAUGCCCAUAGAAGUAAUUCUGCCCAUUGAUGUGUAUGACCUCUCUGAUUGUUGUACAGAAGCCCAUGCAGGGGCAACCUCUCUCAGAUACAUUUUUAUCAUGUUGGAGAACCAGGUUAAAAGUGUAAUCUUUGUUCAAGAUUGGCCAUGCCAGGCAAAAAUACACUUUGUUAAACUUAGGACCCUACACAAAUAGCCUACAGAAACACAUCAACGGAUCAGGGGCGGCAGGUAGCUUAGUGGUUAAGAGCGUUGUGCCAGUAACCGAAAGGUCGCUGGUUCUAAUCCCCGAGCCCACUAGGUGAAAAAUCUGUCGAUGUGCCCUUGAGCAAGGCACUUAACCCUAAUUGCUCCUGUAAGUCGCUCUGGAUAAGAGCGUCUGCUAAAUGACCAAUUAUUAUUAUCAGCUGAUGAGGUCACAAAUUUGCUCUUGGUGAUGGUAACUUCAAAGCAUACAGACAGCAAACAGCAUGGGCCAUGAUGUGAAAAUGUACUCUUGGACAAAGUCCUCCCCACAAAUGUUUCUCAUAGCCCUGGGGGGGGUAAAGGUCCAUAGCUUAUAGAUGCUCAAUGUGCACAGUUGGGGUUAGAUUCUCAGUGGGGAUGGUACUGUUGUUGCACAACUGUCCCUUUCACACUAGCCACUGUCUUGUGUAUGGGCUUUGUUUUGCUCCUGUGAAAUAAAGUCAUGCAUCAGAGGAAGGCUUAGCAGUCUCUCUGAGGGUUUUUCUAAUUACAGCCUAGGCUGCCCAGAGCCAUUGUGCUGGAAUGCUGGAAUUCCCACAAUGGAACGCCUCCUGAGAACAAUGGCUGAAUUCCUCCGAUUCCCCACAGGUUUGCUGGGCUAAAGAAAAAGAAGGAGAGUUACAGUGGCACUGCUAUUGUACGCCCAGCAGCUUUCCCACUGUCCAGCCCAGGCAGGGUAGGACCAGGGAGGCGAUGGGAGGAGACAAGGAGGGGCAGAUGGCCAGAACCCCCACUGGGAAAACAGUGAGGUGAGGCAGGGGGGAGAGGAGGAGGGCAGGCUCUUAAUUUCUGUUGGAGGUGAAAGACCGUUCUCUCUCAUGUAAUCAAACCCCUGAGAACCCAAGCUAAGCCUGCCUGAGUAUCACUGGGCCUGGUGGCGGAUGUGAGCCUGGCGGUGGAUGUGAGCCUGGCGUUGGGAGGAGUGAGAGGAGUGAGAGGAGGAGGGUUGUGUAUGCAUGCAAGUGAAUGUGCACCAGUGUGUUUAUAUACUGUUGUAAGGAACAGAUGUGCAUGUCAUCCUAAAUCUGCAGCACAUAAUCAAUUAUGUAGGAUUUACCGGUGAUCUGAUCAAGGUCUGCAGGUCUGCUUCAGAUAAGCCAGGUCUUGUCCUUUUUCUUAUCUAAUUGCAUAAAAACAUGUUGUUCUUCUGUAAUAGAACACACACUCUAAGGUAUUUGGAUUUCCUGCUUGCUCUCAUUGUAGAGUAAAUAACCUUACACAUGAUAUCUGCUUCCAAAUGUGUUGCAGUAGUAUACUAGCAAGUCUACAUGCUUUGGGGCACUUUGCAGCUUUUCUUUUUCUUCUACAACAUUUCCAAUGUCUGACUCUCCUGAUUAUUCCUAGAUUCUCCCUGGACUGUCAUGUUCUGGCUCCUGAAAGGAAACCUGCUGUUUUUAGUGCUUCUGUACGGAUGUGAACCGGGAAUGUUAGGAUUAUCACAGGACUAGCCAGGCAGUUAGCGGCCAAAAGGAAAGAGUCACUGUUUACAUUGCCAAAAACCUGUGCUUAUAGCCUUAAAGGGAUACUUCGAGAUUAUGGCGAUGAGGCCCUAUAUUUACUUCCGCAGAGUCAGAUGAACUCGUGGAUAACAAGUUUAUGUCUCUGUGUCCAGUAUAAAGGACGUUAGAGGUAGUUUCGUGAGCGAAUGCUAACUAGCGUUACCCAUAGACUACCAGUCAUUGCACUAACGCUAGUUAUCAAUUGUGCUAGCGCUAGUUAGCAACUUCCUUCAAACUGCAUGCAGAGACAUAAAAAUGGUGUCCGAGUUCAUCUGACUCUGGGGAAGUAGAUAAAGGCCCUUAUUGACAAAAUCUCAAAGUAUCCCUUUAAGUAGGCUGCAGUUCCAUUGCCUUACAUUUACAUUUGAGUCAUUUAGCAGCUCUUAUCCAGAUCGACUUAGAGUAGUGAGUGUAUACAUAUUCGUACUGGUCCCCCCGUGGGAAUCGAACCCACAACCCUGGCAUUGCGAGUGCCGUGCUCUACUAACUGAGCCACACGGGACCUUCGGUGGAAUCCAAACUGUGCCUAAGCCUCUUGGCUCUUUCCCAGCUGUCCAGAAUCAUGCCUGUCUGUUUGUCAACUCCUGUCACCUCUGGACUGAAGCUGUUUUGUUGAUAACCUGUUGUAUAUAGCUCCAGGUUCCAAUCAAUGGAUGUAGUGGGUGACAGCAGGACCCCCACAGUAACAGCAGGUGCCCGUCCAUCCAGCCCCCUGCUCCAGAGUGGGUGGGAUAAUGACAGACUGUGGAUAUCAGGUCGAGCUUUGCUAAUCAACCCCCAUAUUGUGAAAAUAGAUCACUCAGUCGAAGUGCUUUGAAACGGAACUUCCUAUUAUGUUACAUUGAAAACACACUUGGCUUUAACCAUAUGUUUGGCCUCUCGUGUAAUGAGUCAAUUGGAUUGUUGGCACUAAUACAUACACACUCAGAUCAUAAACUUCACUUUUUACUGAUGUUCAAAUUAGGAGAAACCUGGGUUACAUUUUACAUACUGGACCCCCGUGGGAAUCGAACCCACAACCCUGGCGUUGCAAGCGCCAUGCUCUACCAACUGAGCUACAGGAGGCCUAAGUGGGUUAGUGAGACAGAAUUUGUCUGUUUAUGCAUGUUGCUUCUCACUUCAUCUCAGCUUUUGCAUUUAAGUGUGUGUGUUAAGUGCUGUUUUCAGGAUGGCAGUAAAACGUUUCUAAAGCGUUUGAGCCUGGUUACCCCUUUGAAGCGCUUUCACAUACUCUGAAAAGACACCCCCACUCCCAUCUCCUUCAUCAAUUCACAAUAAUGUGACACCCAUCCUCACUCACUUGUUUUUAUGUCCUUAAUGGAAAUUGAUAGUUGCGCACGCACACACACACACCCUGUAGCCAUUGAUCUACGCUCUAUAAAAGUUCUCAGGCCUCUGUGAAAAGGGGCAUCUUUUCUUCUGGAUGUGGCAAGGGUACAGGCCAGAGAGAACAUGGUCCCCUUGAGUCCCUGAAGCCUCUGGGAACAAAUGCAGUGUGGCUCCUAUGGGAGAAAUCCACUAUGACUUGUAUGCCUAUAGGGAUAGUGCUGCGUGUGGUUCCUAUGGGAGAAAUCCACUAUGACUUGUAUGCCUAUAGGGAUAGUGCUGCGUGUGGUUCCUAUGGGAGAAAUCCACUAUGACUUGUAUGCCUAUAGGGAUAGUGCUGCGUGUGGUUCCUAUGGGAGAAAUCCACUAUGACUUGUAUGCCUAUAGGGAUAGUGCUGCGUGUGGCUCCUAUGGGAGAAAUCCACUAUGACUUGUAUGCCUAUAGGGAUAGUGCUGCGUGUGGUUCCUAUGGGAGAAAUCCACUAUGACUUGUAUGCCUAUAGGGAUAGUGCUGCGUGUGGCUCCUAUGGGAGAAAUCCACUAUGACUUGUAUGCCUAUAGGGAUAGUGCUGCGUGUGGUUCCUAUGGGAGAAAUCCACUAUGACUUGUAUGCCUAUAGGGAUAGUGCUGCGUGUGGCUCCUAUGGGAGAAAUCCACUAUGACUUGUAUGCCUAUAGGGAUAGUGCUGCGUGUGGUUCCUAUGGGAGAAAUCCACUAUGACUUGUAUGCCUAUAGGGAUAGUGCUGCGUGUGGCUCCUAUGGGAGAAAUCCACUAUGACUUGUAUGCCUAUAGGGAUAGUGCUGCGUGUGGUUCCUAUGGGAGAAAUCCACUAUGACUUGUAUGCCUAUAGGGAUAGUGCUGCGUGUGGCUCCUAUGGGAGAAAUCCACUAUGACUUGUAUGCCUAUAGGGAUAGUGCUGCGUGUGGUUCCUAUGGGAGAAAUCCACUAUGACUUGUAUGCCUAUAGGGAUAGUGCUGCGUGUGGUUCCUAUGGGAGAAAUCCACUAUGACUUGUAUGCCUAUAGGGAUAGUGCUGCGUGUGGUUCCUAUGGGAGAAAUCCACUAUGACUUGUAUGCCUAUAGGGAUAGUGCUGCGUGUGGCUCCUAUGGGAGAAAUCCACUAUGACUUGUAUGCCUAUAGGGAUAGUGCUGCGUGUGGUUCCUAUGGGAGAAAUCCACUAUGACUUGUAUGCCUAUAGGGAUAGUGCUGCGUGUGGCUCCUAUGGGAGAAAUCCACUAUGACUUGUAUGCCUAUAGGGAUAGUGCUGCGUGUGGUUCCUAUGGGAGAAAUCCACUAUGACUUGUAUGCCUAUAGGGAUAGUGCUGCGUGUGGCUCCUAUGGGAGAAAUCCACUAUGACUUGUAUGCCUAUAGGGAUAGUGCUGCGUGUGGCUCCUAUGGGAGAAAUCCACUAUGACUUGUAUGCCUAUAGGGAUAGUGCUGCGUGUGGUUCCUAUGGGAAUAAUGUAGUCUGACCGGGGGGACCCAUGUUCCCACCAGGGUUUCUGUGACAACGUGACCGGCAAGAUUUUAAUUAACCAGACAUUUGAGAAAUUUACCGGACAUUCAUAUGCAUUGGGUGCGUAAUGCAUUAGGGCGUCCACCCACGGUGCUCAAAAUUACAUUUAGAUUAUUGUAAUUCAUUUUAACAGAAUAGAAGUUAGUAUUUUAUUGAAAAGCUUAAAUCAUAAAUGAAUAUAAUAAUAAAAUAAAAACAUUUAGCCUAGAAGAACAAGUCACCUACACUGUAAUAAAACACAACUUCAAAAUCUAAUAUUUUUAAAAUAUAAUUUGCGAAUGACCUGUCCUAUAGGCUAUUUGUAUGAACAUUUCUUAUUAAUAAAUAACAAAACACAGCUGUUUUCAAAUACAGGCCUCUCUAAUUUAGCCUUGGCAUGAACAUUUUAAUUACGCCUAAUAAAUAACAAAACAUGGCUGUCUGUGAACACCAGGGCCGGCCGGUCAUGGCUAGAAUGGAACCAGCAUUUGUCAAAUUAACAUCAGAUUUGACUUUUCGUAGCAGGUUAGGAUAAUUAACAUAACCGGUUAACAGAAUUAGGUUACGGUUAGAAAAGUGGUUAGGGUUAGCUAAAAUGCCAAAAUAUUCAACUUUUGACAUUAAUUUGACAAUUGCUGGAGCCGUCCUAGCCGUGACCGGGCCGGCCCGUCCCACUCCCCAUUCCAGCUGCGAUUCAGCCCCACACUAGUGGAAAGAGGACACUCUAGGCGGCCACAAAAUGAAGAAAUUGUCAAACUGAUGUUGGAAAAUCAAAUGUAUGUAAACAAACAACAUUUGUUAAGGCUGGUUCAUUGAGAGAAAGCUUAUUUUACAAUGCUCCUGUGAAACAUUUAUGAAAGCACUUGUUUCCAAAGCUCAAAUUAUAUCUCACUCUUUUUUACAGUUCUGCUGGAUGAUGUUAAUAAAUGUUAUGUUUAUUGUCAUUUGAACUAUUGUGGAGUCGUAUCUCGUGUUGUGUGAUGUACGUGGCUUAUUGAUAACAACUCUGUUUCCUACUAUAGGCAGUUGGCUGCCUCGUGAUUGCAACUUUGUAACAAUCCGAUGUGAAUAGUUGGCAACGAUGUUUCGUUUCCAAGUGCUACGGAAUAAGCUCAACUGAAAUGAACCAAUUGUGCAUGAUACACAUCAUUACUCUACUCUAGUAUAUCAAUCCAUUCCAAAUCUUUAUACUAUACAUGACACGGGCGGCAUAUGUUGAUCUUCCCUAGGGCGGCAGCAGAACUGCUAGAAACGGGCCUGACGAACACAAUAAUUUGCCUCUAAUUUAUUUGUGUUUGCGGCGGACCUUGGCCUGCUCAAAGUGAGCUGCUGCUAUUGGGAAGUCAAAACUGUCCAACUACUUGGAGCAGUUUGAUGCACAUCAGCGCGGUCUUGAGGCUGUCUUUACUCUGUUUUGGAGAAAGAAUCACCUCUCGGCGGUCACACUGAAAACGGGAAUGUUCAACACAAUCCGCCAAUUUAGCCCAGUCGGGGUACACUUAGCUGAAGUCCCUUAUGAGGACCUUCCAUCUUUUGCGUGAGUAAAAAUAGAAACCACACCCGACACUAAUUUCCAAGCAGCUUGAGGAUUUAUUAGCCUAUGAAAUAGCCUAUAUUUGCCUUUGAAGUUGGAGUACAUCGACUGGUAUUUCCAUCAAUGAAUAAAAAGCAUUAUUUUGCUAUGGAUAUUUUCUUUCUCCCGGACAAUUUGGCCGGCAACAAUUUUAUUUAUUGGCAAAAAAAUUAUAAUACUGCCCAAAAGCCAGCAUUUACCGGUUCCCACUCUUUCCCCAGCGGGAUCCUCUGUUAGUCCCAUUAGAGGGGAUGGGUCUUGGGUCCCAUACACACACAGGCUGUUUGAAGUGGCAGACUAGUUCAAACUGUCCCAAUUAGACAACCAGGCUCGCCAGGCUGGACCCCACCAUGACCUGACCCAGAAUUCCAAAUUCAAGGCAGCGCUUUUGGAGAGGGAUUUUGGAGGCAUUUGGAAAAUUAGGAAAACCUUUUGAAAACAAAUCAAGCAAUUUCUAUAGGUAUUAAUGGUGUAAGGAAAGUUAGUUUGCCUGUCUACCCAAAGCUUUGUAAUAGGCCCUUAGAUGGGCUGUUAGGGAGAGGUUAAUCUCAGAGUUGUUUAAAGCUAGAAUCCUUAGUUGCUACAUACAUUUUUGGACUUAUAAAUGUAUGGUAUAUACCCAUUUGAUUCUUGAAGAAUAUGACUUAUAAAUGCCUCAUGAGCUUAGUUCAACUGUCAUACCCCAUCCGAACCCAAAAUAUAAGCUUGUUUUACUCAAAUGUUUGUAAACAAUCAAAUGUAAACAAACCGUGUAUAGCCUCAAAACAUGGUUAAAGCUAUCCUUUUGAUAUCAUGGAUGGCCAGUUCUUGCAUCCGUCGGUCUGUCUAUGAAUUUGAGAGUGGGAACAUUUAUCCAGGCCCAUCCCUCAGCUUUUUACCAAAACAGAGGUGGGAAGACCACUUUGUUAUUGAUUCAAAGAUGGGAAGGAAAACGGCCACUGUCUGAGCAAGAGCAGGCCUGGUAACCCAAACCUCAAGUUUGCCUUCCCCUCUACCCUUAUUUACUCGUCCGUGGAGAUAUUCCGUAGAAGGAUGGAAUCAUUCCACAGGAAAUGCCUUUUAACACGGCGAGGGUAAUGCAGGAAGGAGAAACCUUAGCCUUUGGUUUCCAUCUUUUUUGUUUCUCUUUAAUCCCAUUACCAGUGGCUGGCCCAGUCAGAGGCUGAGUCUGUGUUUGUGUUGGGCUGGGUUCAGUCCGCCCGCAGCACAGCGCUCGCUGGUCCCUCUCAUACUCUCCUCCAUUGGGUCUAUGUAGUGAGUUACCUCUGUGCUGCCUGAACCCAGUUAAUCUAAGGGGUUAAGCCAAAACUGUGUCAAGUCUGCCCUGGGAAUUCUCAACAUAGGAAUGGGAGAAAAUAAAUCGACAGUAAAUGAACUUGACUGGUUGGGUUAUACUUGAAAAUGAACUUUCAUGUAAUAAAGCACAGCUAAUGGUCUAAAUAGAUUAUUCUGCACAGUUGUAGUAUUUCGUUUUUUUGUGAAAGAUUUGGCUGUUCCGAGUUGGUGGGUUUGAAUGUAGGUCUAUGUGAAUGUAAUUGUUUCUAUGAAUGUACAGAAUGUGCCAGCGUAUGUGGUUGUGAAGGGGACAGUCUGUCACAGCAGCAUGCAUACACUACUCUUGCUGUGAUCCAGUAGACGUGAUUGGCACAACAGCCUCUGUGGUCUGUCUUGGGAGCCCCUGUCUGUCUCUCUGCUCUGCAGGCCAGACAGAUUAACAGUCUGCUCUGGUAUCUGCAACCGGAUCUCCUGCAGCACUGAGCCAUUCACCACGCCACACACACAUAUUGCCAUAGCAACAGCACACCACGCCACACACACACACAUUGAUUGUCACACAGGCAUAAAUAUAUGAGGUGCCAUUCAUAAAGAUGGCUCCCGACCACAGAACACACCCUGUCUGCACACACAUGCUCUACAUACACUAUAUGUAGUGUAUUCCUAUUUGGAGUGUGGUUAAUAUGGCUGCAGUUUAGACUGGAAAGAAUGUAAGAAACCAAAGUGCUGUGUGUGUGUGUGUCAGGAUCGGGGGGUUUUGCAGCUGACAGGCCAUUCUGGGGACCAGGGCUCAGGGCCAUAGCUCUGCAGCUGCCCCCUCUCUGUGCCCUCUUUGAUAGGCAAUAUGGUGUUUACUCCCCUUCCCCCUGGCCCACCCCUCUCCCACACACAGACUUCUGCUAAGAGUGCUUGUGACGAUUAUCAUAAUGUCAUCCGUCACUUAAUCUAAAGACAUGCCUAUAUGAAGGACCAGACAUUGAUUAUGGAACAGUUUAUGAGAAGCACUUUUAUUAUUGUAUAAUGUGGGUUAGCACAGUUAUUGAUGUGUGCUGGUAUAUGUACAUUUAUGUUUAUGAUCUGAACAUGGGUGUAUUGUAAUGCUUGCCUUGUGAUGUUAAUUGAUCAUUGUGACAUGUCAGGUUCUCAUUGGUCAGAGGCAUGAUAGGUAGUCCUAUUUAGAUCCUGUCAUUUCCUGGUUAGAGCCGAGGACAGGGUAAGGUCGGCAUGCUGCCGAGUUAACAGGCAGUGUUGAGGCCUGGGUUUUAUUUUGAGCGCUCUUUGAUUCAGUUCAGUUUUGAUAUUUUGUUCUACGUCCAGUUUCUUUUCUUUCGUAAAUAUUGUACGUUUCGCCUGCAUUAUUCCUCACUUUCAAAUAAAAAGCCUCACUGGGCAAGAAAAGUCUAUCUGCUGUUGCCUCCUCAAUGUAAAAUCCAACCGCUGGCUCAAUCUGACAGGGCUGUAAAAUAUGAAAAACACAUUGCAUUGGACCAAUUGAUCCAGCUGAGACCUUACUAGGAGUCACUGUAAUGUAGUAUGGAUUGCUUUUCCUUGAGUGGGCAGAGUGGCUGGUAUUGUGAUAGUUAAAAUUCAUCCAACAGUGUGGGGAUUUGAAUAGCAGACGAGACAUCCCCCAACUGUAAUCAGACAAAGAGCCAUCCGUUGUUUAAUUGGCCAAACAGACUUCAGUCAGGUUUAACCUCUUCUGUUUAUCUUGAGGAUAGAUCUGUUGCACCUGUUUUUCUCUCUGCUGUUGAUCUGUGUACACACAGCCGCCUGUAUGUCGCCAGGUGUCAAGUCCGCUAUUUGAACUGGGCUUGUCAAUACAAGGCUGUUGCAUCUUUACAGGAAUCGGUACUGAACGUAAUAGGUAGCCAGGAGGCCUGCAUCAAAGCAUGAUUCAUUGUUUUGACUGUUUUCUUAUAUGUUAUCAUUUGAAUCUUUCCACACGAAAAGGUCUUCCUCAUAGGCAAUAUUUUUCUAAUUUCUUUCAUCACUGAGCAAAUCUCAGGUCUGGGUUUUAACAGUGGUCAAGUUGGCUACUGUGGCUAUUUGAUCAUAAUGUAGGCCUACCAGAGUGACCUACCAUCAAAAACAAUGGAGAAAAUGCCUCCUAUAACAUUUUAACAUGGAAAUAGCUGUUCUAUCAUUCAGCCUACAGUAGCAGUGACUGUGUGGUGUUCAAUGUAGGCCUACAUUCCAUGAGACUUUUGAAAAAUAUAUGCAGGGCUUGAAAUUAACCUGUUUAACUGAAAAUGUUAUUGUAUUUGAUGCAAGAAACCACUUUACAAAAUAAAAUGCAUCAUUAUUCCCAUACCAUUAUUACAGAGAAUCAGGCAAAUUAUGCUACCCUCUGCCUAUUGGCUACUUUUAGCUUAUUCAAGCCUGUCUCAAAAUACAACACUGCCCCUUUAAGACAAAAAAAAGCUCUUUACCUGACACUCUUUUCAAAGAUGUCUAGAAAUGCACACGUUUGUGCUCUUGUAGGAAGCAAUUACUCCCCCAUUGCUGACUACAAAUUAUCUAUAACUGGGCUAAUAACUCCCUAACUAGCAAAGGAUAUGAACACAUGUACAAAUGUGCACACGUCGCUACAUGUAGCUCUUGCUUUGAUCUCAAAACAAGAGCAUCUACCUAUGACCGAUGAUGCUGUAAAAACAGUCCAGUUCAAAGUUAAUGGCACAGAUCCAUAUAUGGCAAUGGUCUAUUUGCAUAUACAGUAACAGUCAAAAGUUUGGACACCUACUCAUUCAAGGGUAUUUCUUUAUUUUUACUAUUUUCUACAUUCUACAUUCUACAUAGUUUUGAAUACAUCAAAACUAUGAAAUAACACAUGGAAUCAUGUAGUAACCAAAAAAGUGUUAAACAAAUCAAAAUAUAUUUUAUAUUUGAGAUUCUUCAAAGUAGCCACCCUUUGCCUUGAUGACAGCUUUGCACCCUCUUGGCAUUCUCUCAACCAGCUUCAUGAGGUAGUCACCUGGAAUGCAUUUCAAUUAACAGGUGUUCCUUUUUAAAAGUUAAUUUGUGGAAUUUCUUUCCUUCUUAAUGCAUUUGAGCCAAUCAGUUGUGUUGUGACGAGGUAGGGGGGCUACACAGAAGAUAGCCCUAUUUGGUAAAAGACCAAGUCCAUAUUAUGGCAAGAACAGCUCAAAUAAGAAAAUAAGAAAAGAGAAACGACAGUCCAUCAUUACUUUAAGACAUGGAGGUUAGUCAGUACGGAAAAGUUCAAGUACUUUGAAGGUUUCAUCAAGUACAGUCGCAAAAACUAUCAAGCGCUAUGAUAAAACUGGCUCUCAUGAGGACCGCCACAGUAAAGGAAGACCCAGAAUUACCUCUGCUGCAGAGGCUAAGUUCAUUAGAGUUAACUGCACCUCAGAUUGCAGCCCAAAUAAAUGCUUCACAGAGUUCAAGUCACAGACACAUUUCAACAUCAACUGUUCAGAGCAGACUGCGUGAAUCAGGCCUUCUUGAUCGAAUUGCUGCAAAGAAACCACUACUAUAGGACACCAAUAAUAAGAAGAGACUUGCUUGGGCCAAGAAACAUGAGCAAUGGACAUUAGAUCGUUGGAAAUCUGUCCGUCUGUCUGAUGAGUCCAAAUUUGAGAUUUUUGGUUCCAACCGCCGUGUCUUUGUGAGACACGGAGUAGGUGAACGGAUGAUCUCCGCAUGUGUGGUUCCCACCAUGAAGCAUGGAGGAGGAGGUGUGAUGGUGUGAGGGUGCUUUGCUGGUGACACUGUCAGUGAUUUAUUCUGAAUUGAAGGCACCCUUAACCAGCAUGGCUACCACAGCAUUCUGCUGCGAUACGCCAUCCCAUCUGGUUUGGGCUUAGUGGGACUAUCAUUUGUUUUUCAACAGGACAAUGACCCAACACACCUCCAGGCUGUGUAAGUGCUAUUUGACAAAGAAGGAGAGUGAUGGAGUGCUGCAUCAGAUGACCUGGCCUCCACAAUCACCCAACCUCAACCCAAUUUGAGAUGGUUUGGGAUGAGUUGGACCGCAGAGUGAAGGAAAAGCAGCCAACAAGUGCUCAGCAUAUGUGGGAACUCCUUCAAGACUGUUGGAAAAGCAUUCCUCAUGAAGCUGGUUAAGAGAAUGCCAAGAGUGUGCAAAGCUGUCAUCAAGGCAAAGGGUGGCUACUUUGAAGAAUCUCAAAUAUAUAAAAUAUACUUUUUUUUUUGGUUACUACAUGAUUCCAUGUGUGUUAUUUUAUAGUUUUGAUGUCUUCACUAUUAUUCUACAAUGUAGAAAAUAGUAAAAAUAAAGAAAAACCCUUGAAUGAGUAGGUGUGUCCAAACUUUUGACUGGUACUGUAGGCCUACUGCUGCUCUGAUUGGUUAUGGCGCACCGGUUUGUGUAGAGUAUGGCCUGAGUUGUGCCUGUCAAUGCAAUAGAAUCCUACUCCGACGUGUUCUGCCUACAACAAAAUCUCUUGCAGAGUUAGUUUUGUUUCGGUAUGUUGCAUUUGAAGUGGCUAAUAUUAUGUUCAUUCAAUCACAAUUCCCACAGUAAAGGGAAAUGUUGAUAGUGUUAACUAACGGGGAAAACUCUAGAAAGUUGAGUGAAGUUCAAUCUUGUGUGCAGCUUAGAGGGAACAUUGCUUUAGGUGAUCUUUGUCUAAUCAAUGGAUCCUCUCUCUCUCUCUCUCUCUGUCUAUCUCUCUCUGUCUCUCUCUCUCUCUCUCUCUGUCUCUCUCUGUCUCUCUCUGUCUCUCUCUCUCUCUCUCUGUCUAUCUCUCUCUCUCUCUCUCUGUCUCUCUCUGUCUCUCUCUCUCUGUCUCUCUCUCUCUCUCUCUCUCUCUGUCUAUCUCUCUGUCUAUCUCUCUGUCUCUCUCUCUCUGUCUCUCUCUGUCUCUCUCUGUCUCUCUCUCUCUCUCUCUCUCUCUCUCUCUCUCUCUCCUCUCUCUCUCUUCUCUCUCUCUCUCCCCCCCCCCCCCCCCCCCCCCCAGGGCUGGAUGACAGCCUGCAGCAGUAUGUGGCUAACUUUGAGCGGGAGAAAAUCAGCGGGGAGCAGCUGCUGAAGAUCUCCCAUCAGGACCUAGAGGAGCUGGGUGUGGCCCGCAUUGGACACCAAGAGCUGGUGCUGGAGGCCGUUGACCUGCUCUGUGCUCUGGUAUGGGGUUCUCACACCACAUCUCUUUGUCUCUCUCUCUCUCCUGCAGGUCAAUAGGUUGUUUCUCGUUUAAAAUAAGAUCAUGACAGUGUGAAAAACAGUUGGUGGGACCAGGAGCUUGCUGGUUGUUCAGUGAGGCUCACUGGAGAUGGCGCUUAGGUCAUCAGCCCUGCUGCUCCCCCCUCGCUUUCUCAGUGCUAGCGUGUGUUUGAAAUAUACCCAGAAUAUAGUUGUCAGCCAACGGAACCAGUGGUGCAGAACCUCUCUCAUUUCCCACAAAGCUCAGUGGGGUGUAGAACACUGCUCCAGGACAUUAGAGUAGGAAAAGUGAUCAGUUUCACUCCAGAGAUGGAGGAAAAUCAAGCUCUUUAUUCAGGCUGUAGGGGCCCCAGGUCUGGUGUGGUGGUUAAAUGUGAGCUGAUGAUUAGUUGUGCAUUUACAUUUUAGUCAUUUAGCAGACGCUCUUAUCCAGAGACUUAGUUAGGACACAUUCCCACAGAUAGGGAAGCAGGACAUGAAAAGGAUAAAGAGGCGAAAUGGGUUAGUGUGCUUGCUUUCGGUCUUUCUCAAUUUUUCUCUCCCUUUUGUUUCUCUCUCUCUCUCACACACACCACACACACACACACACACACACAAAUAAAUGUCAGGUCAGCUGUUACAUUCCCAGUGCACUCCUGGCCUUGGCUUUUUGUCACUCACCCCAGUGGCUCAUGGGAACGCCGCUACAGCCUUCUAGCUGGGCUGGGAUCUGACCGGGCGACCGGCCGUCCAUCAGAAGAGCUGCCAGGAGAAGAGUCAUGGUCAACACGACUGUCUUAAAGCUCAGAGAGAGAGGUGAGAGGGAGAGACAGAAAGACUGGGAUAGAGCCUCUCCUAAAACAUAAGCUCAGACUGAAACAGAACCAGGUUUUCAAACAGAUGGGAUUUAUUUGGGUUUUUAUCGCUUCCUGUGUCAUAUAAGCCCAGAUUGCGGUCUUAAGUUUUGAUCAGUGUCAGCGUUUUUUAGUCAAAUCCUUAUGCUCCUUUAAAAUGGCUCGCAUUAAUGAUUUGUCCUCUUAUCAAGUUCCUAAAAAGAGCAUAUCCAUUUAGAUUUUAUCCUCCCUGAUUUUGUAUUUAUUCUAUAAAGAAGGAAGUUCAUGACUUGAAGCAGUAGACCAACAGGUUACUGUACCCAACCAUAUCUAAUUUUGCAGGCAUUGGACCACCACCUAAAUGCCUGAGGGGCCUGGUGUGGUUUAGAAAGGUCUUGUGGGAGUGUGUGCUGGUCUGUGGUUAGACACAAGUCGUGUUCGUGCCCUUAACAUCUGAUCCUGGUUAGUUUGCUCCUAAUGUUUAAGGUUGAGAUUCAGAUGAGGAGAUUAACCUCAGCAUGGUAGCUGCCAGUCUGAGUGCCCUGAGCCCCAUGUCUGUGUCCAGCUGUGGGCCCCUUAUCCUGGGAUGGUCCGACACAAGGCCAGAGACGGACCUCUGAAGUCUGUGGUUCCUUGAUUCAUCAUCUCUAGGGAAUAUUCAUAGGGAUGUAUUGUUGGAUAGUGUCUGAGCAUCCCUCUCUGGAGCAGAGAUGGUGAUAGCAGCUUGAAGAGAUAAGCCCCUAGGCGGUAACGUUACUGUGGUCAUUGGGAAUGGAUGGACACAUGGAAAAGCUUAUUACAGGGGUAGAGGGUAUGUCUAAUGCUUUGAUUAAUCUAUGUGUCGUACCUUAUUUACCAUACCGUACAUCCUGCAGCCCAGCAUCCCUUCCUCUGCUCAGGGUAAUUGGGCCCAGAUUUCUGCUCAUCCCCUGCAAUUUACUGGAGCCUCAAAUUUUCUCUUGAAGGGCUUCAUAAAUUUAACCCGUGUUCCCUUGUUUCCCCAGCGUGUGUUUGUUGGCUUUAAUACAUCUUCCCCCAGUGCAGGGCCUCUGUUAUUUCUCAAAAUAAGUUGAAAGUCUGUUGGGAGAGGAUAGUUAUGUUAUGGAACUCAGACAGAGAGGAUGUUUAGUCGCACUUGUUUCCCCCGCUAGUGACCCUGAGUUUGGAAUGCCUGGAACGCUCCUCACACCUGUGAUUGAGGAACCCUGGGUAAACUAGCUGGUCUGCUGUGGCUCUUCUUAUUAAAAGGGAUGGGAAUUUAAAAUGAUUUCACUAUUCGAGUGAAUUGCAUUUUUUCAGAUAUCUGGAUAGUCGAAAUACAUGUUUUAAAGAAAUACUUUUUUUUGUUCAACUUCAAUGGGGACUUGCUCGCGCGACUCAGGAGAGGCGGUGCACUCUGCUUGUUGUUUCAGCACAGAUGGGUCGCGAGAGGAGCAGGGGCCGGUGUGUCUGACACGGGGAGAGAAAAAGUAGCCAAACCGACUCGCGCAAGUUAGAUAACUUAUCGCAUCUGGUAGUGUCUGUCUUGACUGCAUCAAAUUGGUGUAAAGAAACUAGCUUGCUACACUAGCCAGCUAAGUUAGUUAGCUAGCUAGCUAGCAAGGCUAAUUGAGGCUAUUUUGCUGCGCUUUCCGCGUCCUUGUCUACAACAACUUCAUUCAUAUUAAACAACAGCCUUCCUGAUGGUUGAUUGUUGUAGCCUACUCCUUCUCAUUUAACUAACUUAAUUCCAUAAUUGCAAUUCCAUUUAGCAUUGAUUAGAAAUCUCCCACUUCACUUGCUACACAUGGAGCCUCUGACGGUAGUGUUGUUUUAUUGACCAACUAUAACAAGCUACACAGGUGAAAAGUGUGUAGGCUACCAGUACGUCUUUUUUAUGGGGCGCACUCAUAACUCUCAUAAAACUGUUGUUUUAUUAACAUUUAUAAUGUCAUGGUCUAUCCUAGGAUGUAGCAAUUUCAAAUGGAUAAUUAAAUAAGAUUUUAGACCAAGCCUUUUCAUAAAAAUUAAUACUCUCACAAGUAAUAGAAUACUAACGUCAGUUCGGAUAUUCAAAUAACCGUGCCCAUCCCUACUUAUUAACAGAGAGGCCUCUCUCUCUCACUGGCCCCGCGGGAGAGGUCACGGCUUAUGAGGGGAACACACAGCCGACAAACAAGAGACCCCCUCGCACUCACACACUGUCGCCAGCCAAUUCCCCCCUCAUUAGUUUCUCUCUGCUGUGGGGUCAAAUGGUUCAAGUCCAACUCUUCUCUUUGUGGUCACACAACAGUCCUUUUCAGGGUAGACAGGAUAUCCCCUGUACUGGUCGUGGAGCCACAGGGUAGAUGGUCAGGAGAUGGCCAUGAGAUGGUCUGAACCUUCUCUGUUUCUGUUGAAUACUCUUGGAGAGCAUGUUCUUGCGUCAGGUCUGUGUAUUUGUUCUCAUCUUAUAAAUGAGUAGAACCUUGUAUCACAUGUCUUAGCUUGACUCUCAUAGAGUUCCUCCCCCUCAACAGGAUGUUAGACAGGCUGAUUUACCGUAGCCCUUCAGUACCGCUCAGAUUACAGCUCACACCAGGCAAAAGCCAUCAGAGCGAACUGGUCUCUGGAGACGGACGAAGAACAUGUUGAUUAAUCAAACUGGGACUCUCAAGUCAAAACCAUGAUGACUUCUGCAGAGACCCAUCUUGAAACCCAACACCUCUGAUUUUCUUUGGAACCCCAGUGGCCUGCUCACAGGAGAAGAAAGAGCCCACAUAUUGUCUUCCAGAGCCAUGGAAUAGAUAUUAAAGACGCAGCAGCCAAGUAGUGUGUGGAAACUGCUGUGAUUGGUGUUUUACUGUCCACUGUGGACCUGUCCCCUGGAGGAGCGUACCUAUCUCCUCAGGAGCAGGAAACAGAUGUGGGCCCCCACCUGGCUGAUAGACAGGUCUGGCAACACCCCCCUGUCUGUUGUGGAGGGCUGUGGGAACGCCCAUAUUGGGCCGUGUUCCUGCCGUGUUCCUCUGGUCGUGUCAGGUGAAGCGUAUCGUGGGGGCCCCUGCGGUGAGGGUCCAGAAGAACCUGUGUUGUGAUAGCUCUCCUCGGGUCUCCUGAGGACACUUGUCAGGAGACAGGACCUAUCUGUAGGCCCAAGCAGAUCCUGCUCCCAACAGUCACUUUGAAAUGGAGUGAAUUUGAUUUGAAACACACAUUAUUUACCUGGUCCCUGUUCCUAUAAGUUGCCACAGCUAUGGAACAAAGAGGUGUUGAACAUCUGCAUACCAGUCAGAGCUGGUGUUUCUGUGUGUUAUUGGCCCACCAAUGACAAAGCCAGCAGUGCUGUUUGAUGUUGAUUGGCUCUCCACGGCUUAUUGUCAAAGCCACACUGUUUUGGUUCAACACAGUUGCUGUGUCUUUUCAUGGACGAGUGUGGGGUUUCAGAGCCUCUGAGAUAUUUAUAUGCACCUUCUCUCCAUCUCUUCUCCUGGUAUAAAUCUGCUUAAGGUUCAUGAGAUUCCCAUUAUGACCUCAAAGGCUCUUCGUGUCUCGGUGGACCUCUGAAAGAGACGUUUGGAUGUUUGAUUUACCAACUGAGAUUGAGGAAAUUUAACAUGCUCUGUCAGUUUGCACAUUUGGCUGCUGCCUCAGCCCCAUGCAGCUCCGUGGGGACGACUUUAGGAUGAGGUAAGUAAUAUAUAAUCAGUUCCUGAGUAAAUGCUCCUGAUAUAAAACGGCAGCUGAGUGGAGUUAGCCGCUGAUCACUUGCAGGUUUCCUCAGUGUGGAGCAGGGCCGAGCAAGCGCAGGCUAUUUUCUGCACUUUAGCGUGUUUAGCCGUUAGCGUGCCAGUCAGGCUGAGGCCAGCAAGGCUGGCAGGGAUGCAACACCAUGUGAGCUGAUAUUUGCCAGAACAGGAGAUUAGGCUACCCCCCUCUCGUCUCAUUUAACUAGCGCUCCACUCCAAACACAUUCUUUCCGCAAUAUUUAAGUGGAGCGUGCGUGAGUUGCCAGGAUUAGUUGCUAAAUUAAGCCAUCCUAAAUUAAGCCACACAGAAGUGUUUUUAAUGCAGCGCUACACUAAGCAGAGCCGGCAGCUGACUGAGGUCAUGAUGAAUGUGGCCAUCAUGAUGUUUGAUGAGAGCAUUAGUCUGAACCUGACCAUAGGUCAGUGUUCAAUCCCAUGCUCCCUGAGAUCAGACACAGUGCUCGCAGUGAAAUGUACUGCACAGUCCCCUAGGUGAUAAACUCACCAUAUGACAAACUGUAGCUAUACGCUAUGACAGAGAAGGCUUUGUGAGGCUCUGCGGAUGCUUACGUAAAGAAAUGCAACUUGGCCUGCUCAUACUGUACUAACAAAACUGUUAAUGUACAUCUAAAGCUUUAUGUCAUACAAAAUAUGUUAGCUAUGUGGGGCUGUUUAGUGAAAAUACACAGGGGAGUAUCCCUGUAGGCAGAGCAGAGCUAGGGCCAUAGGGCAGGUACAGGACAUAACUUUGGCCUCAAAUAAGGGAUUUCUUUGGCCAUUAGUAGGCAUUAUAUAUUAUAGGUAUUUUCAGGGUCAUAAACUCAAUAGAGGAAAUAUCUUUCUACGCAGUUGGAAGUAAUAACUAGGUUGGGUGUGUUAGUCAAUCAUGUGCCUAAUCACUUCCCCUGGAGCAGCUCGGUGAGGUCAGGGUUGUAAGGGCAGUAGGAAUAAACAGUAGACAAAGCAGUAGCCUAAGCACAUACAGAUCUGGGGCCAGGCUUACGCUUCUGCCCUCAAUUUACACUUCUGCCCUCAACUUACGCUUCUGACCUCAACUUACGCUUCUGACCUCAACUUACGCUUCUACCCUCAACUUACGCUUCUGCCCUCAACUUACGCUUCUGCCCUCACUUACUGGCUCAGGAAUGUCAACUUUGCUUGCUUGAUGGGAAUCAGGUGAUGGCAUGUGCACCGUGCACGCCUCCCUCCCGAGGGUUGAGCCAGACGUGCCUGAAGAAUGCAGGGGAAUUUCACCCCAGAGGUGCUGGUAGAGACAUGGCCUCUUAAAUCAUGUGUAUCUUAGCACAUCACAAUUAAUAACCCACAUUUACACUGCAGGAAACAUGUUUGUCUGUGAAAUGAAAUCCAGAGCCGUAAAAAUCUGGAAAAUCAGUUCCGAUCAGGAAUGCUUUGUCCCAAAAAUGUAUUUGACGUGAACUGUAAUCACCGUAACAUACACAUUAUUUUAUGACUAAAACUAUAACUUUGAUAUAUCUAUCUCAAGCUCAACUUCUGUUCUUUCUUCCCCUCUCAGAACUACGGAGUGGAGACAGACAACCUGAAGGGUCUGGUGGUGAGGAUGAGAGUGGCCACCAACAGCCUGCACAUGUCCACGUCAGACCGCAGGAAGAGUCCGACAUACAACGGCAGCACCUCCAGGAAACCCCCCAACGACUUCCUCACCUCCGUGGUGGAGCUCAUCGGAGCUGCCAAGAGUCUCCUGGCCUGGCUGGACAGGUAAGGCCUCGCACAGCAUUCUGUCACCCCGAGAAAAAAACCAUUCAGUGUACUCUAUUUGUAUGUACAGAGUAGGGUUACCAUGGUAACUUUGCAUAGCUGUCCUAGCUACAUAAAAUCUGCUAUAUACAUUCAAGCUCCCGGACUACCAUUGGGGUUAGCUGUAAUGUUAGCAUUUCCUUAGGAGUCAUUAAGCUCACUGAAUCACCUCAUGACUAGAAUAUGCUGCUACGCUACACAAUACAGGCAUUGGUUUCUCCUCAGCCUCUACAGACUAUACCAGAAACACAGCUCUUCUCUCUCAGGAGAGCCUUCUAGAAAGGGUUUGAGGACAUAUAAAUGAAAUUGGAUACAGUCUGGUGGGUUUCCUCUACCUCUGUCUAGUCAUUGUCAAGAGAAUAUCCAGAUGAGCUGUAAGAAUCAAUCAUCAAGAAUCUCCACAUACUCUACUGCUCAUGUACAAUGCUGAUUAUUUUCAUAGCAUUUGUUUUAACAAUCACUCUCUCCCCAUCUGUCAGUUAAAACUAAACCAAAAGUAGUAUUUAUUGAAGGUAGUAGUAUUCAUGUCACCAUGUUGACCUUCACAGCUGAAAGGAUUUGUUGUUUUCGGAGGUUUGUUUCCAGAUCAAAAGUGUAAUGUGAUGAGUUCUCCCAGCAUAUUUGGGGGUGGCAUGGUGUUGAGGGGCUAGCGGUAGGGAGAUGUGUUUUGGAGUUCAGGGGUGCGUAUUUGAGAGAAGGAAUGGAGAAGGAGGCACCUACAUGGAGACAGACUGUGUUCCUUCCAACCAUUGCCUUCUAUCCCAGGCACACGCAAAGCAGAGCAAGGUUCACCAGUACUGUUGUUUUCCCUAUUAACAGCCUCCUAGAGGUGGCUCCAUGUCACGCUGUUGUCCCACUGUGAUAUUUACUCCCUUAUCGCAUUUCAGUACGGUCAGGGACAUGACCUGGACCUUAGGAUGUCAUGAUAAAAUGGCCUCUCAAUCUUUUCUCUUCUCUCUCGUUGCAGGACGCCCCUGACUGGGAUCAGUGACUUCACCACCACCAAGAAUAAGAUCAUUCAGCUGUGUCUGGACCUCACCACCACAGUUCAACAGGUCGGCACGCUCUCUCGCUGGCUCUCCCUCCCCUCUCUCCCUUUUUCUCUACCCCUCUCUCUUGCUCCAGCUCCCUCUCAACAGUGCACGUGCAGCUUGCCACUGGAAAAAUCACCCCAUAGCUCUUUCCACUCAGGGCAGACUAGCCUGAGGGCAGACACAUGUAGGAUCACAUGUAGGAUUAAGUAGAAGAGCAGGGGGUUAUGAACAUCGCAGCCUGCUUCUGCUGUUUUGUUUGUGGUUUCCUCCUAAGGUUAGCUAAUGAGGAGACACCCCCCCCCCCCCCCAACCAUGGUGGUGUUUAACGGCAAUCGCAGCCACUGCGUUUACACUUUAAUGAAAACCUCUGGCGCUCUUUAAAAAGCAUCUGCCAACAUUAUGCGGGCUGCAUUAUUCCCUGCGGCCAUGUGGUUCCUAUUUGCCUGCUGCAAGAUGUUCACAGCGGGAGAGUCUACUUUCUGUGUGUACAUCCUGUGGAGGAUUAAUGCACAGUGGGUUGAGGAGGUGGUACGGUGGUCUCCUUCACUGACACUUAUUAGAUGUUUACCUCACCUUAAAAGCAGCAAAUCAGCGAACAUCAUUCCAGGUUAAAUGUGUGUUUGAUUUGACCAUGGGUUGUCAGGUUGUUAAGAUCUAUUUUUAUCAUAUUUCUAGAAUUAAUAUUUCCAGUUUGUUGUCCAAACUGGUUAUGUAAGAGUCAGCUCUGAAAGAAAACAAACGAAGCCAGUUAAAGACCCAAGCACAGAGACAUUUCCCACAAAGGCGUUUGAAGUGAAUUGUUUUUGUGUGGCGUGAGCCUUGUGCUCCACAGCUUUGCUGUGGUGUACUGUAGCAGACACCUUGGCCUCCAUGGCACUCAGCUGUGUGAGAGACCCAGGUGGAUAUGUCUUCAGUCCACCCAGGGGCCACCUUAUGCUGUCAUAGACACAUGCAGAAAGAUGCCUCCAAUGCUCUCAUAGACCAGUGUAUCUCACAUAGUCUUUAGACACUCCUGGACUCUCCCGAUAGAUUUCGGGGAGGUGUUUGUCUGAUGAAAGACCAGGCAGGUAUUGAGGGGAAGUAUCACUGUGAUUUUAUGGUGUGGGCAUGCUUCAUGAGGUUACACAGCCUGUUCAUGAACCUUCGCCAAGAACAGAGCUUUUAGGAUGCCUGAAUGAACUCAAUGUAUAUACACACAAUAGAGCACAGCAAUAAAACAGCCAACAUGCAGCCAUUGCAGCCAUCUCAUCUGACCCGUGAGGUCAGAGCUCUGGCUUCUGCAUAAAGGGUCAAACAAGGUGUGGGUAACACUGAGUGAUGAGGUGGAGAAAGAUUGUAGGAGGAAGGGAUGUCUGGAGGGCAGGUCUGAGUCCUCACAUGGUGUUUUGAUUUCUUGUUCUGUAAGAUCCUGUUCUCAUCUGUCCAGUCUGGUCAGCUGUAUAACCGGCUCCUUGUUGAACUGGUGUGCCAGCAGUCUUCUCUUUUUGCCACUUCAUCGCUCGGCUGGACAAAUUGUCUCUGGUUACAGAUCAAAGGCUGCAGGGCCGUCUGGGGAGUCAUCUGAUCCCAGUCUGCUGGCAUGAGGAGGCUGAGGAUUCGCUGCUUUACCCAGGGAACCUUUCCUCAGUCUUUCCCUCUGAUCUUGGUUUCUAUAUGGCUUAGGUAUGAAGACUGCUUCUGUUCUGUUUUUGAUAGUUUGAUGCUUCAAGGGAUUGUGUCAAAAAACACAGAUCUGAAAGAGAUUAUGCCAAAGAGCAUUAUAUUCACAUUAUGUGAUCAUUUGCUACUUUUGAUAUAAAACAGUCUGCAUGUAAGAAAGAAGUUUGGCACAGUUUACACAAAUACAAUCUGAAGCAUAUUAUGAUACUGUUAGUAAAUGUUUUUGACCUCAAACCUACUAAAUCUGUCUUUUUAGCAUAUCCGUUUUUGGCAUGUAAAAUGCAUUUCAGCUUGAUGUAGUCAUCCAAAUAUAGACCUAUUUAUGGCAAAAAUAUGUACCAGUUUGUGAUGGAGGUCAUGCCAAAUUCCUUCUAAAACCACUGCACAUCCUUGGCCGUGUUGGAAAGUAAUUGAGGGGAAACAUUGUGUUUUGGUACCAAAACUGAAACCAACGUAUUUUAUGCUUAUUAGUUUUCCUCCAUGUUUGUUCUGGUGGUUUCUCUAGUUAAAGAAAAAUAUAGUUUUAUAUGUGCAUCAGUAUCCCAAAAGACAACACUCAGCUCAGUGCAGAUCAUAAGAUGAUUCUAGAGAGAGAAAGAAACUCCUGUCCCUAAAGGACAAACCAGUUCUCUGCUGUAGUCCGCCUCCGUGGUUUUCAAAGAUAAGCUGGCAAAUCUUGUCCAUUCAAACACAACAAUGGGCUGACAAGCCAAGUGCAUUUGCACACAGAUUCUCCUCCCCCUUGGGCCAGGGGAAUAUGGAAAUGGUCAGUCGUCUCCCAUACGUUGUCUGCACAAAGGAUUUACAAAGAGCAACAGAGCUGCCUUUGUGGAUAAUAAUGUCCACACACAACAACUUUACUACGAGGAGACAAAUCCUGGCUCCUCAAGUUCUUGUUUGUUGACAUUGAGCACCACAGUGGCAGUGACCAAUGGUUGUCCCUGACACCUCAACAUAAGUCACUGACCUGUCUGACUCCAUAAGUUAUUAACUCACAUUUCACCUGUGAGUUGAGGGACAGCUGCCUUUUGGGACAUUCACUGCAGAGAGGCCAUGCCAUAGCCAGGCAGGGGAGCCACAGCAGUGGCUCAGUAACAGUGGCCCCCUCUGAGCAGGGGUCCUUUCACCACCGGGACCCUCCAGUCCCCCAGCUUUCUGGCGAGGCUGUUAUAUCAGCUUUGAGCCCAGGCAGUCCCAGCUACAGUCUGGGAAGGGAAGGAGGAUCCUGGGAUAGGGCCAGGGCUGAGGGGCUUCUGUCUGUGGCUGGUUACUGUAGGAUGUUCCCGGCUUCUCCUGUUCCCUGGUAGUCACACAGGAGCUACUGUUACUGCAGGAGAAACUUGCAUACCUAUCACUCGGAAUCACCUUUAUUCGCCAAGUACAUUUACAAAUACUCAGAAUUGUACUUGGUGAUGUGGUGUUGCUGGUGAUGGACAACAUUUAGAGACAGAAUACAGACCGCAGAGUUUAAGCAAAGUUUACAUACAUUAUAUACAACUAAGUAGUGAGCAUAGAGCUACAGUGGGGAAAAAAAGUAUUUAAUCAGCCACCAAUUGUGCAAGUUCUCCCACUUAAAAAGAUGAGAGAGGCCUGUAAUUUUCAUCAUAGGUACACGUCAACUAUGACAGACAAAAUGAGAAGAAAAGAAAUCCAGAAAAUCACAUUGUAGGAUUUUUAAUGAAUUUAUUUGCAAAUUAUGGUGGAAAAUAAGUAUUUGGUCAAUAACAAAAGUUUCUCAAUACUUUGUUAUAUACCUUUUGUUGGCAAUGACACAGGUCAAACGUUUUCUGUAAGUCUUCACAAGGUUUUCACACACUGUUGCUGGUAUUUUGGCCCAUUCCUCCAUGCAGAUCUCCUCUAGAGCAGUGAUGUUUUGGGGCUGUCGCUGGGCAUCACAGACUUUCAACUCCCUCCAAAGAUUUUCUAUGGGGUUGAGAUCUGGAGACUGGCUAGGCCACUCCAGGAUCUUGAAAUGCUUCUUACGAAGCCACUCCUUCGUUGCCCGGGUGGUGUGUUUGGGAUCAUUGUCAUGCUGAAAGACCCAGCCACGUUUCAUCUUCAAUGCCCUUGCUGAUGGAAGGAGGUUUUCACUCAAAAUCUCACGAUACAUGGCCCCAUUCAUUCUUUCCUUUACACGGAUCAGUCGUCCUGGUCCCUUUGCAGAAAAACAGCCCCAAAGCAUGAUGUUUCCACCCCCAUGCUUCACAGUAGGUAUGGUGUUCUUUGGAUGCAACUCAGCAAUCUUUGUCCUCCAAACACGACGAGUUGAGUUUUUACCAAAAAGUUAUAUUUUGGUUUCAUCUGACCAUAUGACAUUCUCCCAAUCCUCUUCUGGAUCAUCCAAAUGCACUCUAGCAAACUUCAGACGAGCCUGGACAUGUACUGGCUUAAGCAGGGGGACACGUCUGGCACUGCAGGAUUUGAGUCCCUGGCGGCGUAGUGUGUUACUGAUGGUAGGCUUUGUUACUUUGGUCCCAGCUCUCUGCAGGUCAUUCACUAGGUCCCCCCGUGUGGUUCUGGGAUUUUUGCUCACCGUUCUUGUGAUAAUUUUGACCCCACGGGGUGAGAUCUUGCGUGGAGCCCCAGAUCGAGGGAGAUUAUCAGUGGUCUUGUAUGUCUUCCAUUUCCUAAUAAUUGCUCCCACAGUUGAUUUCUUCAAACCAAGCUGCUUACCUAUUGCAGAUUCAGUCUUCCCAGCCUGGUGCAGGUCUACAAUUUUGUUUCCGGUGUCCUUUGACAGCUCUUUGGUCUUGGCCAUAGUGGAGUUUGGAGUGUGACUGUUUGAGGUUGUGGACAGGUGUCUUUUAUACUGAUAACAAGUUCAAACAGGUGCCAUUAAUACAGGUAACGAGUGGAGGACAGAGGAGCCUCUUAAAGAAGAAGUUACAGGUCUGUGAGAGCCAGAAAUCUUGCUUGUUUGUAGGUGACCAAAUACUUAUUUUCCACCAUAAUUUGCAAAUAAAUUCAUUAAAAAUCCUACAAUGUGAUUCUCUGGAUUUUUUUUCCUCAGUUUGUCUGUCAUAGUUGACGUGUACCUAUGAUGAAAAUUACAGGCCUCUCUCAUCUUUUUAAGUGGGAGAACUUGCACAGUGGGGAAAACAACUUUUUUUCCCCACUGUAUAUGGUUGAUAUACAGUGGCUAUAUGGUUGAUAUACAGUGGCUAUACGGUUGAUAUACAGUGGCUAUACGGUUGAUAUACCGUGGCUAUACGGUUGAUAUACAGUGGCUAUACGGUUGAUAUACAGUGGCUAUACGGUUGAUAUACAGUGGCUAUACGGUUGAUAUACAGUGGCUAUACGGUUGAUAUACAGUGGCUAUACGGUUGAUAUACAGUGGCUAUACGUUUGAUAUACAGUGGCUAUACGGUUGAUAUACAGUGGCUAUACGGUUGAUAUACAGUGGCUAUACGGUUGAUAUACAGUGGCUAUACGGUUGAUAUACUGUGGCUAUACGGUUGAUAUACAGUGGAUUUACAGUGUCAGUAUGAAUAUCUAAAUGCAGAGAGAUGAACAGAGUGCAAAUGCAGUAUAGUGCAGUUAUUUUGUGUACAGUUCAGAGAUGGCUUGAUGUGGUGUGCAGCAUAGAGUGCAUAGUAAUUCAGUCUCUAUGGGCCAGAUGGUCGGUUGGUGCGGGCCACUGCCCGGGGAAUACACUUUUCAGAUGGCUGGAGGUUUUGGUCAUGAGUGGUCGGCAAUGUAGUACAUCCGCUUGUGUGCCUUCUUGGUGACCGCUGUGACAUUGUCCUCCCACUCGAGGUUGUGGGAGAUGAUGGUCCCCAGGAAUUUUAAUGAUUCACCUGAGCCAUUAAUCUCGAGGGGGAGGUGGUGGGGAGUUAACCACCAUCUCCACGGUUUUGUCUGUGUAUAGUUCCAGGUUAUUGCGACUGCACCAGGCCACCAGCCGGUCGACCUCUCCACGGUACAUGGACUCAUCGCCGUCAGUGUUGAGACCGACCAGAGUUGGAUCAUCUGCAAACUUUAGUAGUUUGACAGAUGCGUUGUUGGAGGUGCAGUCAUUGGUGUAGAGGUGAGAGCACGCAUCCUUGUGGCGCUCUGGUGCUGAGGGAUAAAGAGUCUGAAAGGUGUUUUCCCAGCUUCACGUGUUGUGUCCUGUUGGUCAGGAAGUCAGUGAUCCACUGACUGAUGGAGCUGGACACAUUCAGCUGGGAGAGUAUGUCUUGUAGCAGUUCUGGGAUGAUGUUAUUGAACGCAGAGCUAAAGUCCACAAACAAUAUCCUUGCAUAUGUCUUUGGGUUAUCCAGUUGUUUGAGGAUGUAGUGUAGGCCCAUGUUGACUGUGUCGUCCACAGACCUGUUAGCUCUGGAGGCCAACUGCACCGGGUUGAGGGAGGCAUCAGUGAUUGUUUUGAGAUGGGACAGUACCAGGCCAUCAAAAGGUGAUAGAGGAUAAAAAGUUAGAGGAUCAAAUGCAUGGGAACCUGAAGUCAAUUAAAAAACUAAAAUAGUAUGAUAUGUGAUUGGAGAGGGGUUUUUGGUCAUCUUGAAGUUGGAGGAUAUGGUUUCUACAAUGUAACACUUUGCCUCCUCCUCUCCAAGUUGUGUUUUCUAGAUGCAAGGUUCCUUUAUUUCCACUGCUCUAUAGUUUACUGUAACCCCACACCACGUUAUGCAAUUAUAUUGUCCCCAAGUUUAUAUGGAGAUGUAAUUUGACUCAGAAAGCUAUUUAUUUGAGGCCAAUCUCCAUCUCCCAUAGUCCUAUAUCUGGAUCUUUGAUUGCAUAAUAUUUACUGACUCACUAUACUUAGUUUUUAUUUACUAUCUUUGCAGGGAAAGAACCUCUUCCUGUGUGUUGAUGGAGUAUUGAGAAGGCAGCCUAUCUAACAUCUGUCUCUCCUCCUCCACAGGACUGCGGUGUUUACGAGAUGGAAGAAAAGAUCCUGGAAGUUGUAAGUAUAUCUCUCCUCCUUGUUUUGUUUUCUCAUGUAAACUUUAGAAUGAGUUUCCACUUUCAAUGGGAGCACUCUGGUAAAGUCUGUUUGAACGUUUGGGUAGAUGUUGAACUCUAAUGCUUUAUAUGGAGAUUAGGUGGCAUGCUUUCAGCGCAGUCUCCCUCUCAGAGUUAAUAGUGCAGGCAGGGGCUUGGGCCCUCUGGUAAAGGCAGCUAAAAUAUGCCCCGGCCAUCAAUCAGUGUUUCCUGUCCCUGACACUCCAGGUUCUACAGCUGACACUGAACUUCCUCCCUCUCAGACACCGUCGGUGAACUCUGCUGCAGACACACACACAGUAGCUAGAUCUCAAUCUCUACACUGUUUAGAAGUCUUCUCCAUGUCGAACUUGUUGUUCAAGUAACUGCCUCAGAAAAACUCUUCUAGUUAUAGCCUGGUCCCUAUCAUUGGUGAAUAUUCUGAAGCGUGUGAGUAGCAUUUCACUGAUUCUUGUUUGUUUACAAAUUCCUGUCAAGGGAUCUAGUUAUAGACUUGUGUGGUCAACAGAAAAUUCAAUUAGAGCUAAAAUAAGGUUGGUUCAGCGCGUCAGUUGGUUUAACGCGUGCGCAUCUGUAUGUAAGCACAAAUGUGUUGAGUGUUCAGGCAUGAUGCUUGUUACUCACCUGAGAAGAAAAAGUUAUUUAUUCUCAGAGCAUCACUAACAUGCCCCCACUAAUGAUGACAAGGUGGUGAGAUUGUCCAUAAUGACCUAGAAUGGAGAAGAGGGGAGGUAGGCAGGGAGUGAGGGGAAGCAUUAGAGACCUGCAUGUUCUCAGUGCUAUAUCUGAAGCUGUGGAACCAGCUAAUCGCACGUUAAUGACCCUCACCCCUAGUCUCCCCCCUCCUCUUCCCUGGUGGAGUGGGAUAAUUGCCCCAGAGUGACUGGCUGCUCUUGUCACCAGACUGCCUGGCCGACCUGCCAGCCCACCCCUAUAACACUGACUCAACACUGACAGUCACAGAAACAACACCUCUUAGGUGACAGGCGGUAGCUAUAGAAUCACAGUCACGUAACAGGACAUUACAUUACUGGGUUGGUCAUGUAAUCUCAGCCAUCGGGAAAGCACAUCGAGUCACUGGAAGAGGCAACGAGAUGAGAUGAGAUGGAUUCAUGAGAUUCCAUUCAAUUUUGUUUUCUUUCUUUGGGUUGUUUGUUUGGUUUUCUUGCGUUGCUUAAAUGGGUUUCCUCCGAUCUGUCUCGUUGCAGUCAAAGGUUCUGAACAGCAUCUGUGACCAGACCGUGAGGACCACCUCUGACCCUCUGAUGAGCCAAUCGGCAUGCUUGGAUGAAGUUCAGCUCAACAACCUUAAGCCUGGGGAGGGACUGGUGAGGAAUCCUGCCUGCUCUCAGUUUAACCCCAAACCCACUGAACUACUAGCUCAGUGUGUCUGGACCACUAGCUCAAUGUGUCUGGACUACUAUCUCAAUGUGUCUGGACCACUAGCUCAAUGUGUCUGGACCACUAGCUCAAUGUGUCUGGACCACUAGCUCAAUGUGUCUGGACCACUAGCUCAAUGUUUCUGGACCACUAGCUCAAUGUUUCUGGGCUACUAUCUCAAUGUUUCUGGACUACUAGCUCAAUGUGUCUGGACUACUAGCUCAAUGUGUCUGGACCACUAGCUCAAUGUGUCUGGACCACUAGCUCAAUGUGUCUGGACCACUAGCUCAAUGUGUCUGGACCACUAGCUCAAUGUGUCUGGACCACUAGCUCAAUGUGUCUGGACCACUAGCUCAAUGUGUCUGGACCACUAGCUCAAUGUGUCUGGACCACUAGCUCAAUGUGUCUGGACCACUAGCUCAAUGUGUCUGGACUACUAGCUCAAAAGUGUCUAGUGCUCCUCAACUUUCUUACAAGUUCAAACUGUCUCACAACUGUCUCACAAAUGCUAAUUCAUGUUCAUAUUUCUACAGGGUAUGUACAUCAAAUCUACCUAUGAUGGACUUCAUGUCAUCACGGGCACCACAGAGCAUGUAAGUAUGGUGGCCACAGAGGAACACAUGAGUAUAUCCUAGUGAACGCACCUUCCUAGUGAACGUGCCGUCCUAGUGAACACACCGUCCUUGUGAACACCAUCCUGGUGAACAUGCCAUUCUCUAAAUUUCCACCAGUCUUAUCUACAUGUUUCAAUAUAAAUCCAGUUGGUAUAAUGUUAUGCGUAAACACUAGUUGCCAUGUGCCAAGUUUUGAUGGGGAGACAGUCAGUGGUGUAAAGUACUUAAGUAAAAAUACUUUAAAGUACUACUUAAGUAGUUUUUGGGUGUAUCUGUACUUUACUUUACUAUUUAUAUUUUUGACUACUUUUACUUCACUACAUUCCUAAAAAACAAAAUUCACUUUUUACUCCAUACAUUUUUCCUUACACAAAAGUACUCGUUACAUUUUGAAUACUUAGCAGGAUAGGAAAAUAGUCUAAUUCACACACUUAUCAUGAGAACAUCCCUGGUCAUCCCUACUGCCUCUGAUCUGGCGGACUCACUAAACACACAUCCUUAGUUUGUAAAUUAUAUCUGAGUGUUGGAGUGUGCCCCUGGUUAUCCAUACAUUUUAAAAACAAGAAAAUCGUGCCGUCGGGUUUGCUUAAUAUAAGGAAUUUGAAAUGAGUUAUACUUUUACUUUUGAUACUUAAGUAUAUUUUAGCAAUUACAUUUACUUUUGAUACUUAAAGUAUAUUUAAAGCCAAAUACUUUUAGACUUUUACUCAAGUAGUAUUUUACUGGGUGACUUUCCAAUUUACUUGAGUUAUUUUUUAUUAAGGUAUCUUUACUUUUACUCAAGUAUGACAAUUGGUACUUUUUCCACCACUGGAGACGGUUAAGGGUGGGCUUCAAACAGUACGUCUUCUUUCCAACCCACCCUGCCCUCCUCCUCCCAUUCUAAGGGUGGUCGAGUGCAUUAUUGUUUGCCACAGAGCUAGGAUACCAGUGUAAAUGUGUUUCUUAUCAAGCAGUGGAGAGAGGGAAGGAGUAGUGUAGGGGUUGAAUAAUAUAGCUGUUCCCAUCUCCGUCAUCCAUUUAAGAAUCACAAACUUCAACAGUAAAACAUCCUCCUACAGAGGGACACUGUGUAAUGUGGCAGCGCUAGCUAUUACAGCCUAAUUAUCACGCCGUCCGUCAUUAAUCAAACCCUAAUUCAUCAUAUAUCAUGACUCAUUAAUUGCUUUGACAUUCUCAUGCAAAAUGUGACAUGCAUAAUGUGACAACCCAUUCAUAAAGAGGAUGUUUGUGUUGUGUAGUCAGAAUUAUAUCGAACGAAUAUUUCCUCAGGGGCUUAUGAUAAUGUGACAACCCAUUCAUAAAGAGGAUGUUUGUGUUGUGUAGUCAGAAUUAUAUCAAUCGAACAUUUCCUCACGGGCUUAUGAAGUGGGUCUGUUUCGUAACAAGCCCAUACGUGGCACUUCUGACGAUAAAGCAAUCACAGAUCAAUGUGAAUUAUCCAGGAGCUAAUAUUACAUGUAGAUGGUGUCUGUUGGUAGACUAAUCUUCUCCUCUGUGAUGUCAGUCCCCGGCGGACAUGACGAGGAAGAUCCAUGGAGGUGACGAGGUGAUCCAGGUCAACCAGCAGACAGUGGUGAGCACCCAGCACCUGUUAUAUCCAACACGUGUCACACACACUACUCCUCCAAUUGACUACAGUGCUAUAGAAGGGUUGAGACUGCACGGCUCAAACGUUCAUGUAAAACCCUUGCAGUUCACUACACAGCUACAGAAGGAUAUAUUGCUGACCUUGGCUGUGAUGGUACAGUGAUAUGCUGACGCUGUGUUGUGUCAGGUGGGCUGGCAGCUAAAGAACCUGGUGGGGAAGCUGAGAGAGGAUCCUAAAGGUGUAGUCCUACUGCUGAAGAAGAGGCCUACAGGAUCCUGCGGGUUCACACCGGCCCCUCUCAAGAACAUGCGUUGGAAACCGCCCAUGGCGCAGGUGCACAUUCUAAACCCCUUCAUCUUUUACUUUCAUGUACUAACUAAGGCAGUGUGAUUGUUAUUGUUCAUAUUACCUUUUGUUAAAUGUGCCUUAUGAGGGCGUAGGGAGAUGUGUUUGAUUGUAACAAGCCUAGACAAGUGUAAGAACCACCCAGAGAGAGGGCUGCAGGGCUGAGGACAACAACUACUGUACUCACACAGUGAUGAUGAUGUCACUCAGACUGGGUCAUCAGUGGCGGUAGCCAGCAGUCUGUGAGUCAGUCUGCAGAGACAGGAGCUAGCAUCUCCUUCAGUGGUGAAUAGAAGAGAGGGGAACAAAUGUCUGCUUUGAGAGUGGUUUGUGUAUGUGUUGUUGUUUGUAGAACCAGAUCAACAUCUGGCAGUAGUGUAGGGUGGGAAUCCCCAGUGAUCCAUGCUGUAUUUAUGUGGGUUAGGUCGGCUAGUCAGCUAGCUUCCAUAGAAGACAAGUCUCGCAAUGGGCCGCUCAAUGAUUCAGCUCACAAAGGGCUUGGGUACAUCCUCUUUUGAGAAGGUCAAAACCUCCAAAAUGUGUGUUAGUGGAGACAAGGAGAAUCAAGUCUCAGAAUGUCCAGAGAAAUCCUGUGUUAAUAACGUUAUGUAAUGGUAAUCCAAUUCACCAGUCUCUCAUAUGUGGACAGUUAGCACCUGGCUGAGCUCUUAGCCACAGCCAGGCACCUGAGCCCUGACUGCAGUGACUGAGGCUCCAUAGGGAACAAUACGCUGUUGUAACCUGACCUGUGCUCUGGUCCUGGCACUGCCUUGUCAUGCCUCUGGAGGCUGCUUCUGCCCUGGGAAGAUCAGAGCACAUGAUAUCAAAGCAGAGCUGGUUUCACUUAACAAAGAACCUCUCAUCACAAAGAUACCGGAUCAUUCUGGACUUGUUCACCGCCGUGUUUGAACAAGGUGUCAGGAAUCAAAGCACCACGUCUUGGGUUUUAUGAUAAGAGAGAGGCGUCAGUGUGUUAAACAAUGAUGGAGCACACAGUGAUUCAGGAGUGACACUGGUUUCUACAGGUAUCCUGGUUAUAGGGGAGGAGGAGGAGAGGGUAGACGUACCAGGAUCUAAUCUGUUUGAUGGAGAGUGAAACUGAACAUGGUCAAUUUACCAAGUAGUGUGGUUUUAAAAUGGCACCAUAGCUGUGGUAGAAUAGUAUGGUUUCUUAAAUGUAUGUUGCAGCAGCUAUUUUGGAUUCCCCUCAAAAUCCUUCCAUUCCCCAAAUAGAGUUGUAUACAGUGCAUUAGGAAAUUAUUCAGACUUCUUCACUCUUUCCACAUUUUGUUACGUUACAGCCGUAUUCUAAAAUUGAUAAAAUAAAAUAAAAACAUCUCAUCAAUCUACACGCAAUACCCAAUAAUGACAAAGCAAAAACAGGUUACUUAUUUGUUUAGCAAAUUUAUAAAAAACAACUUUAAAAAACAGAAAUAUCACAUUUACAUAAGUAUUUAGACCCUUUACUCAGUACUUUGUUGAAGUACCUUUGGCAGCGAUUACAGCCUCAAGUCUUCUUGGGUAUUACGCUACAAGCUUGGCACACCUGUAUUUGGGGAAUUUCUCCCAUUCUUCUCUGCAGAUCCUCUCAAGCUCUGUCAGGUUGGAUGGGGAGCGUCGCUGCACAGCUAUUUUCAGGUCACUCCUAAGAUGUUUUAUCGGUUUCAAGUCCGGGCUCUGGCUGGGCCACUCAAGGACAUUCAGAGACUUGUACCGAAGCCACUCCUGCGUUGUAUUGGUUGUGUGCUUAGGGUCGUUGUCCUGUUGGAAGGUGAACCUUCGCCCCAGUCUGAGGUCCUGAGCACUCUGGAGCAGGUUUUCAUCAAGGAUCUCUCUGUACUUUGCUCCGUUCGUGUUUCCUUCGAUCCUGACUAGUCUCCCAGUCCCUGCUGCUGAAAAACACCCACACAGCAUGAUGCUACCACCACCAUGCUUCACAUUUACAUUUUUUUUUACAUUUACGUCAUUUAGCAGAUGCUCUUAUCCAGAGCGACUUACAGUUAGUGCAUACAUUAGUCUUUUUUAUUUUCAUACUGCCCCCCCGUGGGAAUCGAACCCACAACCCUGGCGUUGCAAACGCCAUGCUCUACCAACUGAGCUACCUCCCUGCCGGCCAUUCCCUCCCCUACCCUGGACGACGCUGGGCCAAUUGUGCGCCGCCCCAUUGGUCUCCCGGUUGCGGCCGGCUACAGCAGAGCCUGGAUUCGAACCAGGAUCUCUAGUGGCACAGCUAGCACUGCGAUGCAGUGCCUUAGACCACUGCGCCACUCGGGAGGUUACUUCACCGUAGGGAUGGUGCUAGGUUUCCUCUAGAUGUGACGCUUGGCAUUCAGGCCAAAGAGUUCAAUCUUGGUUUCAUUAGACCUUGUGUGCCUUUUACUGAGGAGUGGCUUCCGUCUGGCCACUCUACCAUAAAGGCCUGAUUGGUGGAGUGCUGCAGAGAUGGUUGGCCUUUUGGAAGGUUCUCCCAUCUCCACAGAGGAACUCUGGAGCUCUGUCAGAGUGACAAUCGGGUUCAUGGUCACCUCUCUGACCAAAGCCCUUCUCCCCCGAUUGCUCAGUUUGUUUCUUCUAGGAAGAGUCUUGGUGGUUCCAAAUGUCUUCCAUUUAAGAAUGAUGGAGGCCACUGUGAUCUUGGGGACCUUCAAUGCUGCAGAAAUGUUCCCCAGAUCUGUGCCUCGACACAAUCCUGUCUCUGAGGUCUACGGACAAUUCCUUCGACCUCAUGGCUUGGUUUUUGCUCUGACAUGCACUGUCAACUGUGGGACCUUAUAUAGACAGGUGUGUGCCUUUCCAAAUCAUGUCCAAUCAAUUGAAUUUACCACAGGUGGUAUUAGGUUGUUGAAACAUCUCAAGGAUGGUCAAUGGAAACAGGAUGUAACUGAGCUCAAUUUCGAGUCUCAUAGCAAAGGAUCUGAAUACCUACACUACCGGUCAAAGGUUUUAGAACAUUCAAGGGUUUUUCUUUAUUUUUACUAUUUUCUACAUUGUAGAAUAAUAGUGAAGACGUGAAAACUAUGAAAUAACACAUAUGGAAUCAGGGUAGUAACCAAAAAAGUGUUAAACAAAUCAAAAUAUGUUUGAGAUUCUUCAAAUAGCCACCCUUUGCCUUGAUGACCGCUUUGCACAGUCUUGGCAUUCUCUCAACCAGCUUCACCUGGAAUGCUUUUCCAACAGUCUUGAAGGAGUUCCCACAUGCUGAGCACUUGUUGGCUGCUUUUCCUUCACUCUGCGGUCCGACUCAUCCCGAACCAUCUCAAUUUGGUUGAGGUCGGGGGAUUGUGGAGGACAGGUCAUCUGAUGCAGCACUCCAUCACUCUCCUUCUUGGUAAAAUAGCCCUUACACAGCCUGGAGGUGUGUUGGGUCAUUGUCCUGUUGAAAAACUAAGCCCAAACCAGAUUGGAUGGCGUAUCGCUGCAGAAUGCUGUGGUAGCCAUGCUGGUUAAGUGUGCCUUGAAUUCUAAAUAAAUCACAGACAGUGUCACCAGCAAAGCACCCCCACACCAUAACACCUCCUCCUCCAUUUUUACGGUGGGAAAUACACAUGUGGAGAUCAUCUCACAAAGUUGGAACCAAAAAUCUCCAAUUUGGACUCCAGACCAAAGGACAAAUUUCCACUGGUCUAAUGUCCAUUGCUCGUGUUUCUUGGUACAAGCAAGUCUCUUCUUCUUAUUGGUGUCCUUUUAGUAGUGGUUUCUUUGCAGCAAUUUGACCAUGAACGUCUGAUUCACACAGUCUACUCUGAACAGUUGAUGUUGAGAUGUGUCUGUUACUUGAACUCUGUGAAUCAUUUAUUUGGGCUGCAAUUUCUGAGGCUGGUAACUCUAAUGAACGUAUCCUCUGCAGCAGAGGUAACUCUGGGUCUUCCAUUCCUGUGGUGGUCCUCAUGAGAGCCAGUGUCAUCAUAGCGCUUGAUGGUUUUUGUGACUACACUUGAAGAAACUUUAAAAGUUCUUCAAAAAAAAUUUACCAAAUAGGGCUAUCUUCUGUAUAUCCCCCCUACCUUGUCACAACACAACUGAUUGGCUCAAACGCAUUAAGGAGGAAAGCGAUUCCACAAAUGAACUUUUAAGAAGGCACACCUGUUAAUUGAAAUACAUUCCAGGUGACUACCUCAUGAAGCUGGUUGAGAGAAUUCCAAGAGUGUGCAAAGCUGUCAUCAAAGCAAAGGGUGGCUAUUUGAAGAAUCUCAAAUAUAAAAUGUUUUGAUUUGUUUAAUACUUUUUUGGUUACUACAUGAUUACAUGUGUAUUAUUUCAUAGUUUUGAUGUCUUCACUAUUAUUCUACAAUGUAGAAAAUAGUAAAAAAUUAAGAAAAACCCUUGAAUGAGUAGGUGUUCUAAAACUGUUGACCGGUAGUGUAUGUAAAUAAGGUAUUUCUGUUUUUAAAAACCUGUUUUCGCUUUGUUAUUAUGGGGUAUUGUGUGUAGAUUGAUGAGGAUUAAAAAAAUUGUUUACAUCCAUUUUAGAAUAAGGCUGUAACAUAACAAAAUGUGGAAAAAGUGAAGGGGUCUGAAUACUUUCUGAAUGCACUAUAGAUGUAAAGAGACAGGCAUGCAGCUAUAAUGUAGGACCUGCCAUAUGUGUCAUGAUCCACCUCUUUACUAACAAGUAGUGUUUAAAAUGCCUUUGCCAGGGAAUGUAAAUACAGUAGCAGACAAUUGAGGUAAUCAACCAUCCAUUUUGGUGAUGAAUGUUGGAAGUUUAAAAAGACAAAAGUAAUCAGCUAGAGUAGACUAUAGGAUGUGACAUAUGGGGGAAACGCUCUUCCUUGCCAACAAGUUAGUAGAUUUUCUAAAAAGUAGACACCUCUUGAGACAUAGCUAUGCUGCUGGCCGUUUUCCCACAAUCAUUUACAGUAAGUUCUAUGAGGGGAGCAUUUUCUGACAGAUUGUGUGUGUGUGUAUAAAUAUAUAUAUUUAUUUAUUUAUUUUUAGAGCACCCCUUCCCUGAACAAACCCCAGUCUCCAGGUUGUUCCACAGACAGCUCCACCAAGAAGGAGAAACCCGCCAUCCUGGACCUGUACAUCCCCCCUCCCCCCUCGGUACCCUACACCCCACGGUGUGUAACCCUGUAAGUCCUGCACCCCCUUCUCCAAUCAUUGCCAUACACUAGGGUCAGGGGUUUUCCUAGGCAUUUGACCAGGCCUAGUCCUAAGCCUAGAGUACUUUGGGUUCUGUAAAAACUCCUGGCCUAAACCUACACCUCAGGGUGAGUUAGACGUAUGUGUGGAUCCCUGUAACCCUGCAUUGAGGGAGCCACGCGCCCACAGAUAGCCGGCCCUUGAUUCUCUAGCUACAUUCUCCUGCUCUGUUCUCCUGCCUUUGAGGUCUGGAUAAGGAGUGUGUUUCAGCCCCCUGAUCUCUCGCCUUACACCCAUAAACCCCUACAACAGAGCACAUUCAUCCCGCUCCGCUCGCACCGCAGACACAUUAUGCAACAGCCUCUGUUUCAUCUGACUCCUUCGUCUCUCUCGCUCUCUCUCUCGCCGUCUCUCUCUCUCUCCCUCCCUCUAUGUACAGUGAGGGAAAAAAGUAUUUGAUCCCCUGCUGAUUUUGUACGUUUUCCCACUGACAAAGACAUGAUCAAUCUAUAAUUUUAAUGGUAGGUUUAUUUGAACAGUGAGAGACAGAAUAACAAAACAAAAAUCCAGAAAAACACAUGUCAAAAAUGUUAUAAAUUGAUAUGCAUUUUAAUGAGGGAAAUAAGUAUUGACCCCUCUGCAAAACAUGACUUAGUACUUGGUGGCAAAACCCUUGUUGGCAAUCACAGAGGUCAGACGUUUCUUGUAGUUGGCCACCAAGUUUGCACACAUCUCAGGAGGGAUUUUGUCCCACUCCUCUUUGCAGAUCUUCUCCAAAUCAUUAAGGUUUCGAGGCUGACGUUUGGCAACUCGAACUUUCAGCUCCCUCCACAGAUUUUCUAUGGGAUUAAGGUCUGGAGACUGGCUAGGCCACUCCAGGACCUUAAUGUGCUUCUUCUUGAGCCACUCCUUUGUUGCCUUGGCCAUGUGUUUUGGGUCAUUGUCAUGCUGGAAUACCCAUCCAUGACCCAUUUUCAAUGCCCUGGCUGAGGGAAGGAGGUUCUCACCCAAGAUUUGACGGUACAUGGCCCUGUCCAUCGUCCCUUUGAUGCGGUAAAGUUGUCCUGUCCCCUUAGCAGAAAAACACCCCCAAAGCAUAAUGUUUCCACCUCCAUGUUUGACAGUGGGGAUGGUGUUCUUGGGGUCAUAGGCAGCAUUCCUCCUCCUCCAAACACGGCGAGUUGAGUUGAUGCCAAAGAGCUCGAUUUUGGUCUCAUCUGACCACAACACUUUCACCCAGUUCUCCUCUGAAUCAUUCAGAUGUUCAUUGGCAAACUUCAGACGGGCCUGUAUAUUUGCUUUCUUGAGCAGGGGGACCUUGCGGGCGCUGCAGGAUUUCAGUCCUUCACGGCGUAGUGUGUUACCAAUUGUUUUCGUGGUGACUAUGGUCCCAGCUGCCUUAAGAUCAUUGACAAGAUCCUCCCGUGUAGUUCUGGGCUGAUAACUCACUGUUCUCAUGAUCAUUGUAACUCCACGAGGUGAGAUCUUGCAUGGAGACCCAGGCCGAGGGAGAUUGACAGUUCUUUUGUGUUUCUUCCAUUUACGAAUAAUCACACCAACUGUCACCUUCUCACCAAGCUGCUUGGCGAUGGUCUUGUAGCCCAUUCCAGCCUUGUGUAGGUUUACAAUCUUGUCCCUGACAUCCUUGGAGAGCUCUUUGGUCUUGGCCAUGGUGGAGAGUUUGGAAUCUGAUUGUUUGAUUGUUUCUGUGGACAGGUGUCUUUUAUACAGGUAACAAACUGAGAUUAGGAGCACUCCCUUUAAGAGUGUGCUCCUAAUCUCAGCUCGUUACCUGUAUAAAAGACACCUGGGAGCCAGAAAUCUUUCUGAUUGAGGGGGUCAAAUACUUAUUUCCCUCAUUAAAAUUUAAAUCAAUUUAUAACAUUUUUGACAUGUGUUUUUCUGGAUUUUGUUGUUGUUAUUCUGUCUCUCUCUGUUCAAGUAAACCUACCAUUAAAAUUAUAGACUGAUCAUUUCUUUGUCAUUGGGCAAACGUACAAAAUCAGCAGGGGAUCAAAUACUUCUUUCCCUCACUGUAGGCUGCAUGUUCAGAUGGUGAAUCAUAUUCAACAGGUUGUUGAUUUAGUUAGGGACUGAGCAACAGCAUAAAACACAUUUUACUCAUUUGAUCUCCCUCCUUGUGCUCUCACCUAUUUGAAAUGAGACGUUGAUGUUGAUCAGUAUUUUCUGUCCACAGAGAGAGUAAGAUCAGCUCUUACUCCAGCAUCAGUAAGAUCAGACCAAAGGGUUCAGAGUCGCCCAAUUCCUUCCUGGACCUGGAGAGUCAAAGACGCUUCACCAUCGCAGACUACGACAAGCUGGGCGUGGUCUACCCCAUCGAGGCCAAUGUCAUUCAGCCCAGGAUGAGGGAACGCAACACCUCGUCUCGUGGUUAGUAUCAUCCCCCACAGUCACCACACACACAAGGCCCACUCAUUCUAGAAUUCAAGCCAAUAUUCAAAACCAGUGAGAGAAAAUAUUCAAACGUUUUUUUUCUGUUCUUCCUGCUUAGGUAAGCCACGCCCCCUCUCCAUGCCAGUGGACACCUGUCUUGGACUGGCAGACCCCUAUGCCAAGCCCUGGGCACAAGGCCGGAAAGGUAACAAACACAUGCCAACCACCCGUCUUCUGAGUAACUGCAGAAUAACAAUUUAACCAACAGUAAUCUAAUUGACCACAACCUCAAUCAGAUUAUCCAAUUCACACCUUCAACAGCUAAAUAAAUGAGAACACAUGGUAGAAUUUACCCCUCCAAUGACCUUGGAGGCCUGGUACCUCUGCUUCAUUUACCAAUGAAUGAACCAAGUGAUUAGUGUCAACUGAGAGCCAUUAUGUACCUCUUGCCUAAAUGGGAUUAACUAGAGUUUACACCAGGGGUUGGAACCAAAGUUAUUUUCCAAUCGUUCCAUAAUUUUUUUCGUUCCAUUCCACUGUUUCGACCUGCAAAAGAAAGUUCUGAACCGGUUCGAACCCAAAAAAAAGUACCAGUUUAUAUCGUUCUUUUCUGUUCCUUUUUAAACCUCUUCACCAAUCAGUGCGGAAAGAGCAGCUUAGGAGCAGGAAAGCUAUAGUUGUUUAUACGCGCGAUGGACAGACAAGUUUAGGGCGCGGAAUGCGACUGAAAUUUUGCGGGUGGGGAGAAAGUGAGAGAGGGUGGUGGAGGAGGAGGCUUGGCUUGAAGAGCUGGGCAUCUUGUUAUGACAUGCAUUAACUGAAUUAGGCAGACAGAAAUAUACCUACGGAGGAGUGGCUUCUAUGGAGGACCUUUGAAUGUCUUUGAAUUUUAGAGAGUUGGCUUAACGUUGGACCAGAGCUAGCUAGCUAGCUAACAAGCUUGUGUGUGCAGAGCGGCACCAGAAUUAAAAACACGUCUUACUUUUUUGUAGUUAAUAAAUCUAAUGUGAAACAUGAUAACUAUAGUACCUUAACUAGCAUUGAAAAAGUUAAUCCAUUCUUCUGUAAUUAAAAUUCUCUCCCACAUUUCUGAAUCACGCUACAGCAGCCUAUGCUUCAGAGGGGUAGGAGCAGGUAGCCUACACACGCACACACACUGGCAAAUAUUUUCAGUUGGCAGGCAGUAGGGUUGGGUAGUGUCCAGAUUUUCAUAUCCUCAUACCGUCCUUCUCUCACACAGGAAUUUACGUUAUUACUGGCUUAGUACACAAGGGAGCUCCAAAAAAUGCAAAAAAAGGCCGUUGGGCGUCUAUUACCAGAAUUAUAACAAAAUUAGCACAAGUAAUAGCGCAUUUCCAUGAAGGCUGCUAGCUAAAUAUGCUAACGAGCGCAAACUAAAAUAAAAAAUUGCAAAGUCAGGCAAUCCAGUAUGAAAAUGUAUGCACUCACUAACUGUAAGUCGCUCUGGAUAAGAGUGUCUGCUAAAUGACUAAAAAUGUAAAAAUCCAGCUCAUUAAAGUUAUACAUGUAUAGGUAGGAGCUACCGAAUGUCAUUUUUGGUGAAAUUUGACAUUUUAAAAGCAAAUGUGAACGAGAGACAUUGUGCAAAUGAACAAAGUUUUGACGCAUGCUUGUCUAAAGGAAGAACAGUACUGUGUACACACUGUGUCUUUGUGGAGUCUGGGAGUCUGCUCAGAGAAGAUAGGGGAGGAGCAGACGGGCCCAAAACGGAGAGAAAGACGCAAGGUAUUCAAGCUGCAGUGGCAGCUGUACAGAACUCAUCCAAAGGGCUUUGACUUCUCAAACACAACAGAAAGCUAACACAAACUUGAACGUUGUGAAACAUAUAGCCCAACGUUUGUAGAACAACUAAAGUUGGUGAAGCAUGGUGGUGGUAGCAUCAUGCUGUGGGGAUGUUUUCAUCGGCAGGGACUGGGAAACUGGUCAGAAUUGAAGGAAUGUAUAGGUAGCACACAUGAGGACAUUUUUCUGUUGAGAUAAUGUCCUUAUUAAUUUCUAGUAAAAUGUUUCCUGUUUUGACUAAUUGAAUAGAGUGCGUUAGGUCUGCUCUAUACCAAAUUAGCAUACCCCAUGUUUUACACCUGGUAGUUUGGUGGAUGGGACUAUCAACUCUAUUUAACCUAGAGGGCAACCAGUGGGUCCGUCUCCUCUAUUCCCUGUCUCUUGCAGGAUGACAAUGUCUGUAUUUCCAAUUUCUUUGAUGAAGUCUGGGUUCCUGCUCUUUAGGCCAAAGGCAGAUGACCUCAGACCUGGAUGAGAUAGUAAAAGUUUUGUGUUCCAUAGUGUCUAGUGUUGUUUUCGUGUGAUUUAGGGUCGGACCAUUACAGUAGGUGUGAGCAGAGCAUAUUGAGCAUCUGAUACAUACUGUACCUCUUAGGUCGCAGAAUGGGGCUUGGGAAGGUAUAUUAGUGGGGGUUGGGCCUGUUGCUCUGAUCACGGCCUGGGCAUAUGUGCGGUCUUUGCUGCAGGGGCGGGGGCGGGGGGCAUGGGGGUGGCAGAAGGGGCAUAGGUCUGAUCUGGGGGGGCCUAUAUAGGGUGUGGCCAGGGUUUGUUUGCGGGUGGUGGGGAUGUGACUAGUGAUGCUGUAGUCUGGGUGUAGGUCCUCUUGGCGUGGGUUUUCUCGGUGCAGGUCCUUCGGGAGGGGGUCUGGGAGGGUGUCUCGCUGGUCUGGGCGGGGAGUCCGUUGCUCGUGUGUGAAGUGCUGGGGCUGUGGUUGAGGGCGACGUCCUUCAGGGUCCUGGCAAAAGUUGGGAUUGCUGCCUUGUAGAGGUGGACCUGGACCUGGUCCUUCAAGGAGUGAAUGGGAGUCUAUUGGGCGCUAGCUCAAAAACCAAAAAUUAGCACAGAUUUCGUUAACAAGAAUUACAGCAUUACAAAUAUUUUCCGAGAUGUGAGAUAAUUAACUUGCUAUCUGUAGUAUCGUAUAGCUUUGGAAUCAUGACAUUACGUACUUUCGAGGAAAAUAGGCACGUUUCUCGACAUAUACAUUGACUUUGAGAAGGGAUUGCGUGACGAUUAGCUUAGCAACCGUGUGACGCAGCAUGACAACGUGAACGUGAUUGGUCGACAGUCUGCUGGGUGGGGCAUUAUACGUUCCUUCAUUCAUUGGAUUCCUAUCUCCUUUCUAUAAUAUCUCUGGCUACAGCACCAUGCAAUGCACCCUGGAUGCAGACAAAUAGGAAAAAUGUGCUAUGUUAAAUUACACAUUUCUCGAGGUAGGAAUAUCGCAAAAAUAUUAUCAAUGGCUCUUUCGAGAGAAGACAACUUACUGCGUUAUGACAUCGGCCAGUAUUUAAAUCUGACAUGUAUGAUAACGUUUUUGCAAUCUUAAAGUCGUAUUCCUAUUAACUUCUAGUGUAGAGAGAGCGACUAUAUCAUGGUGCUACGUAAAACCGGCCGGAUUUCUGCCUGCUUGAACGCCAAUAACUCAGAAACACAUGAAAACAUGAAAUGACCCAGGGAAUCGAUAGAACAUCACUCAGAGAUGCACAAAAACAAUAUAACAUUCAAAAUGGGUGAACCGUUCCUUUAACUAAAGGGGAAAACUCUAGAAAGUUGAGUGAAGUUCAAUCUCGUGCUUCUCUGCACAGGCUGAUAUUUCUUCUGCGCGGCAGUCCCGGAGGAGCUGCGUACCUGCACACGUGCACAGCUAAGAGGGAACAUUGCCACUUAUACUGAACAAAAAUAUAAACGCAACAUGCAACAAUUUCUACGAUUUUACUAAGUUACAGUUCAUAUAAGGAAAUCAGUCAAUUGAAAUAAAUAAAUUAGGCCCUAAUCUAUGGAUUUCAUAUGACUGGGCAGGGGCGCAGCCAUGGGUGGGCCUGGGAGGGCAUAGGCCCACCUACUUGGGAGCCAGGCCCACCCAGUGGGGAGCCAGGCCCAGCCAAUUAGACUGAGUUUUUCCCCGCAAAAGGGCUUUAUUACAGACAGAAAUACUCCGUUUCAUCAGCUGUCCGGGUGGCUGGUCUCAGACGAUCCCUCAAGUGAAGAAGCCGGAUUCAUUUCUCUGUCAACAGCUCUGGUGGACAUUCCUGCAGUCAUCAUGCCAAUUGCAUGCUCCUUCCAAACUUGAUGACUGUGGCGUUGUGUUGUGUGACAAAAAACAUUUUAGUGGCCUUUUAUUGUCCCCAGCACAAGGUUCACGUUUGAGAGAAAUGAAAUAAGCUUUUCGUGCGCAUGGAACAUUUCUGGGAUCAUUUAUUUCAGCUCAUGAAACAUGGGACCAACACUAUACAUUUAUAUUUUUGUUCAGUAUAGAUAACUAGCAAGUUAAACUUAGGGGUCGCCCUAACGCAUAAUACUUAGUUUUUCACGCAGGAAAAAAAUAUUAAACGCAUAAGAAAUAUCUUGCUGCGUUUUGUAAAUGCAGAUCUAAAAUGCUUCUUAUUGUAAUUUCUGCUCAGCAUCAAACUAAUUUUGUGCUUAAGUUGCACUUCUCCACUCGGAUGAUAAUUCACGAAUGGGCAUUCUAUCAGCAGACUGCCAUUCUAUCAGCAGACUGCCCUCUGACUGCUCUGACUGAUGUGGAGCUACUUUUCUCUGGUACUUUUCUCGGUGUAGCCAGCCUACUUUUCUCUGGUACUUUUCUCGGUGUAGCCAGCCUACUUUUCUCUGGUACUUUUCUCGGUGUAGCCAGCCUACUUUUCUCUGGUACUUUUCUCGGUGUAGCCAGCCUACUUUUCUCUGGUACUUUUCUCGGUGUAGCCAGCCUACUUUUCUCUGGUACUUUUCUCGGUGUAGCCAGCCUACUUUUCUCUGGUACUUUUCUCGGUGUAGCCAGCCUACUUUUCUCUGGUACUUUUCUCGGUGUAGCCAGCCUACUUUUCUCCGGUACUUUUCUCGGUGUAGCCAGCCUACUUUUCUCCGGUAAAAUGCUAGAUUAACUUAAGCAAAACAUUAGGAAAUGUAGCUGGUUACAUUCUUUCUAUGAUGAACAUUAGAAAUAUGAUGGCCAUGCAUAGUUAUUUUCUUCCUCAAAAAUAGACCUUGCUUUUUCAUUGUAAGCUCAUUUACUUGUGUGGCUGCCAGCCAAAUAGUGUUGCACUUCUGUUGUCAUCUGAUGACAAUGAAGCUAUUUUCUGAUGAAUGUGUUGCACUAAUGUAUUUUCUGUGAAAGAAAACUAUAGUUGCAUGUCCCUGAUCACUCUAUUGAAGAAAAAACAACAACACUGACUUUCAAUAUAAAACGCGAGCCCUGUCAAUACACAGCUGGACUCAAUACACAGCUGGACAGCUGGACAACUUUCUCCCAUUGUGUUAUUUACAAAAACACGUGACUGGCUCACCUGUUCUGGGGAACUAUGGUAAGCUUCAUAAUGUAAAAGGAUGUGAACGGUGAAAUGAAGAACGCAAUCUGCUUUACCUCCUAAUGUAUUGCACAAGUUGACUGGAAUUAUUUAUUUAAAGUAGCUACAAAUAUUACAAUUUAUUGAGAAAAAAAUUUGUUUUGUUUUGAAGGUAUUGAAAAACCAUCCAAUGGCUAUUUCCAAAUAUCCUGGUGUAUGGUAUAUAAGGUAAAAUAACAUUAUUAACCAGUUCCCAUUUUAAAAUAACAGUUCUGUUCCGGAACAGUAUAGAUCUACAACACUUUUGUUCCCAGUUCUGAUCCUUGUUCUUUUCCGGUUUUCCAAUCCCUGGUUUAAACCAAUAAGAUCAGUUCUUCAUCCCCUGGUCUCCUUGGAGAGGACAGACACACGGUUGUGAAUGCACAGACAGAGCUAUCAAACUGCUGGAAACCCAAUUACACUGCAAUGGUAGAGGAGUGGGAGAAUGCUUUAAUUGGCCGAGAUGCCUGUGCAAUGCUCUGUCCUUCCAUGGCCAACACAUGCUGUAGAGAUCAAUUGUACUCCUCAUUUUAUGUAACAGUGCUUCUCUAUAAUACAUUUUAGGCCUACUGAAGAUAUGCCCUAAAAUCAACAACCUAUUCUCAGUAACGUGUGUUGUUUGUACAUGACUUUCUAAGACAAUUGUACUAAAGAUGUGUAUUUCCCUCCACUAUUCCCUCCAGGCGAGGAUCUCCUGUACAGAUACCUGAGUAAUGAGCGGAUCCCCACCAUCGCUGAGGAGGUAACGUCAGUGGCGCCGCCCUACAGGCCAGUGGGGGAACAGCAGCUGGUCCGAGGGGUGGACCACAUCCGGGGCAGCCGCUAUUAUGCCAACCAGGACCUCCACAACAGCGCCACCAUCCCCUACCAGGACCAUGACCUGGACAGCAAAAAGACCCCCAUAGCCCCCGCCUCCAAACGCCCCCCGGCAGAGCCCUCGCUACUGGUCAGUUGGAUCACACGGCUUAAGCUAUUGACUCAAUGA